GCAGAGCUGAGCUAGGGAUGUGCAGAGCUGGGCUAGGGAUGUGCAGAGCUGGGCUGAGUAUUGUGUCUGCUUCUGGUGACUGGACCCUUCAUUGCUGCUGCUGAGGACAUGACAGCAGACACUGCAACCAAGACUGAAGAGAUCUGUCACUAAAAGGGGGACCAAAGACAAGUGCCAAGAGCAAGGGUAUGGCAUCAGCAUGAACACAUACACAGUAACACAGACACACACAACUAGACUCUGUAGGAAAUGGCAAAACAGCAAGCCACAAGGCUAACCGACCACAAGAGAAUCUGCAUAUCACAUGAAAUAUUUAAUAUAAAAAUGCAGAAUUGUCAGAGCAUCACAGCCAGAGACAGCAGAUCUUCAAUCCCACCACAAGUAGCUCCAUGAACACUGGCACACGUACUGUAGGGAAAUAUACACGAAUCCGUUAAUUAACUGCAUAUAGAGUCAUUAUGGUUACUUGGAUUUAUUAUAUGUCUCUGGCAGUAGUUAUUUACACUGGAAUUUAUAUCAGUGAACACAUAGCCAGCCAGCACAACCAAGAUCUACUGCAGAAAAACACAUAUAUUAGACUACUAAAGAUCGGUUAAUUUAUAUGGGUACUGUGUACAGGACCAACAUUCCAACAUAUCCACUCUAGAAUUCUAACGAUAACCUGCAUGCUAACACCUGCAUUCACUUCAAAUAGUUAUUCCCUUACUAAUGGCAAUAGAAGCUUCAUAUCAGUCACAGUACAGAUAUCAUAUAUUGGAUUCGGUAGACACAUUGCAGAAUAUGCCACAUAAACAAUAGGCACACAAAUCCCCUGCUUUGUCCAUCCAGUUACUUGUUCCUGUUAUCUGUGUCCGGUUGUAAGCUACAGGUAAGUGAUGAGAGGGGAGUCCAACUGACUGGAGCUGUAUGUCCUGGGAGGGGUGGCAUUAGUGAUAAAAGACACAUGUACAGUGAACACAUUUACAUGAUGCUAAUAAUGUUUUGUAUGUUACCUACAUCCCCUCAGUGGUGUUUCUGAUCCAUUGUAUGUGUUCAUACCAGUACAGGUUUCUGCAUGGGUAAAUAGGUAAUUCCACUGAUAAUAUUUGCAGAUUUGUGUGUGAAUCUGUUUCUAACUACCAAAAAGUAUAUGUUGUGUGUGUGUGUGUGUGUGUGUGUGUCUAAUGUGUGCUUGUGUACAUAAGUGUUUGCAGUGUGGUGUGUAUAUGUAUUUAGAUACUAAUGUUAUGCCCAUUUUUUGUUGUCUAAAAUUUGCUAUUUUCGUGUCCAUUUGUGAUGAUCCCAGUGUGGCUAACAGCCCUGUAUAUGUAGACAAUAUUGUAUAAAUGACACACAUGCAUAUACAUGUAGUAUUGUUGUAUGUAUUUGCAGGCUAAAUCCAUUAGAUGUUUUUUAUUUAUAUGUUUACCACCAAUUAAAAGUGUGUCUGAUUGUGUCUGUAAAUGUGAAUGUCUCUGUAAGUGUUUGCAAUUAUUUAUUUAUUUAUUAUUUAAUUUUUAUGUGUAUAAGCAAUCAGGGGUGUUGCACACAGGCAGUAGAUGAGUUUCAUAUUUAAAUUAUGUGUCAUUACUAUUGCAGGUGUAUACAAUGUUUAAGUUUUGUAAAAAUAUUAGUACUAUUGGCCACGCAUGCAUUCAUUACUUUAAUUACAGUACAUUGCUUUACCCAUACUUCUAUUUAUACAGUUACUUUAUAUUACUAGUGGAACUCUCUCUCUUUAAAUAUAUGGAACUGAAUUAUUUUAGUAUAGUAAGGGUUUUUUUUUGUUUAUUGAAGAGCAAUUCCUUUUUUGAAGUCUAUGGGGAAAUUGAUAUAAGUGGAGUAAAUCCUUACUCUGCUAUGAGAAUUUAGCUCACGGUCUGUGUAUGUUUGACUUAAAAUGCAUUUUAUUUAUUAAAGGACCACUAUAGGCACCCAGACCACUUCAGCUCAAUGAAGUGGUCUGGGUGCCAGGUCCAUCUAGGAUUAACCCUGCCUGCUGUAAACAUAGCAGUUUCACAGAAACUGCUAUGUUUACAUUAUGGUUAAUCCAGCCUCUAGUGGCUCUCUCAUUGACAGCCGCUAGAGGCGCUUCCGCUCUUCUCACUGUGACUUUCACAGUGAGAAGACGCCAGUGUCCAUAGGAAAGCAUUGAGAAUGCUUUCCUAUGUACUGGCUGAAUGCGCGCGCGGCUCUUGCCGUGCAUGCGCAUUCAGCCAAUAACAUCAGAAGAGGGAGGAGAAUCCCCAGCGCCAAGGGAGCCCGACGCUGGAGAAAGGUGAGCGUUUAACCUCCUUCCACCUCCUUCAGCCAGGUGGGAGUGGGACCCUGAGGGUGCGGGCACCCUCAGGGCACUACAGUGCCAGGAAAACGAGUAUGUUUUCCUAGUUAAGGCUAUAGGGAGGUGAGGGAUGUGUGCACUUACGACAGAUGUAAUUUUUGCACAGAAUUAAUAUUAGGAAUCUCAGAACAGAGUUCUGGGGUGCCAAAGUCACAUGUGCCACUGGUGCAAGUAUCCCCCCGCCACAAAAGUGAAUAUAUCUGUGUAUGUACAGUAUUUCAAGCAGAAAUGCUCCACAUACAGAUUCCCACCAUCAUGACCACUUCUAAAAGUAUGUAUGGGGUACAGGAACAUGGUACUCAAUAAUUAGACAUACUGAUACAAAAGGAAUUGUGGGCCCAUGGCACAAGAGACUGCCAUUCUGGGGUAAAGAAUCAUUUUUUUCCUAGUUUGUGCAAAAUUUAAGUGCUUUAAACUGGGUUUUUUGCCUUCUUUUGGAUCAACAGCAAAAAUAAGAUGUGAGAAAGGCUGAAUCUGAUCCUUUCAGCCUAUAUAACUAUGUACUAAAACUGUGCAUUAAUAGUCUUUGAUGGAGCUAACCCAGCUUUUUCUACUGAUAGUUAUCAUGUUCCUCAUUUCUCCCUAAAAAAACAAUUUCCUCCCUUCUUCACACUCCCUGCCCACAAUUCUGGCAGCAUUUUCUCUUUUCCAUAUCCAGAAUUAUCAUCCCCUUCUCAUUCGUCUUGCCCAGAAUGUAUUUUGUUUCCUCUUGCUCCACACAAAUUUUGGAAAUUUUCUCAAGAUUCUUUCUCAUAUGUAUUUGGACAAGAUGGGGUUGGUCAAUCUCCCUUAAAGGAACACUAUAGCGUUAGGAAUACCAAUAUGCAUUCCUAACGCUAUAGAGCCCUAGUCACCAUUUAGGUGACUAGGGCUCCGUUCCGUGGCAAAUAUAUGGUUAAUUAACCAUUUAUUUGCUUACCUUAAUCCAGCGCCGGGCUCCCUUGGCACUGGUGACCUCUCCUCCUCCAUCAACGUCAGCUUCCAAGUGGAGCCGAAUGCGCAUGAGCGGCCAGAGGAGCGCUCACAUUCAAACCCGCCCAUAGGACAGCAUUACUCAAUGCUUUCCUAUAGGGAUCUUUUUUGAUGCUGGACUCCAUGAGGAUGUCCAGCGUCAAACAAGUGCGAUUUACUCCGUGUAAAUCACAGAAGGGGCCUCUAGUGGCUGUCUGGCAAACAGCCACUAGAGGCUGGAUUAACACUGCAGUGGAAACUGCUAUGUUUUCAGCUGCAGGGUUAAAACUAGAGGGACCUGGCACCCAGACCACUUUAUUGAGCUGAAGUGGUCUGGGGGCCUAUAGUGGUCCUUGAAGUGCUGUUUGCACUUUUAAUUGGGCCCCUAACUAAUCAAAUAGAAGUAAAAUCAUGAUUAAUGAUGUAACAUGUGUAUCAAAGCCAUUUAAACGUUCACUAUUCUUAUACAUCUUUCACAAUAGGACAGAGACAUCUAAGGGUAAGGGAUUUAGGAUUUAAAUAAUUUAAUAAAAUAGAAAAAUAAAUAACAUUUAAAAAUAUCAUUACAUAAAGGAGCCCACCGUACCAACUGUAGUGAUUAUGGUGCCAGGAAUGUCCUCGUGCCCCAAGCAUUGUAAAGAGUCAAACAAUUUUUGAAUGGUUUGACCCUAUAUUUUGGGGUCCAUUGUUGCCAAAAAAUGACAUCUCCCUGUGGCACAACCAAUCAGUGUCCUCUCCGCCAGAAGUUUCACAGCAACAGUGUGAGGACGUUAUCACAACAAAUUCCAUCCAAUCAGGACCCUUGUAGCUGCGUAGAGAACGCACAGCUUCAGAAAAAAAUGGCCCGAAAGUUCGGCCACCAAUUAUUAAAGUGCGAAAGCUUUGCUCUAAAAAUAUCAACUGUCACUGUUCACAUACUGCUGUGUGCUCAUCGGCACGCUGCAGUACAAUCAAAUGACAAUAAUCAUAGAUAAAGAAGUUUGGCUUAGAAUCCCUUGUCUGCAUUAUAUCCAAAUGCUGCUGUACUCUCUUGCAAUCUUUCCAUUGUGAUAAAGGAAAAACAGGAAUAGCAGGCUUCAAGGGACUACAAAUCAUGUUACCAAAGCCAGCAUGCAUACAAUGGGUUUCCCUCAAACACUGGGCUAUUUAGCCCUUCACAUAAAAAAGUACAAAGAAAUAAAUUGUCAAUCUUCUAUUACUAUUUUUUUUUUUUUCAAGUACCUAGUGUAACAUUUCUGACUUAUAGCGAAGUGCCAUUCAGACACAAAAUGUGUCAUGUUUCUGUUUUUUCCCUCACUUUCAAUAUAUUGCUGUGAUUGUUGAAAUUCUAUAGUGAACACUUGAAUAAAAAUACAGAGAGUAGAUUGAAGUCCUGAUACACCCCCGAAACAGCCUGGUCUUUUACAGUACCGUGUGCACAAAACGGUUUAUUACUCUAUAUAAUAUUUUCUUUUUGCAGGGACAUGGAAAUAUGACAGACCUAUUUCAUCACCUGGUUGGACUGGGUUUUUAUAAUUACAGCCAUUUACAAAACCAUUAAGGAGGGCCAUCACACUCUGAAUGUGGACAUGGACUUUAGCUCCUUAAGAGUGGAGGCAAUUGUCCAAAUGCUGAACCAAAAAAACACGUAGAAUCUGUGCUAAAUGAUUGUCCUGCCAUAAUUUAAGAGUUAAUCUUAAAGUGCACCUGUACACAGGGCCGGCCCAAGACACUGUACUGCCUGGGUCCAAAGAUAAAAUGCUCCUCCCCCCCACCACCAAAACCACACUUACCAAAACACGCCCACAUCUGUUAUGUCAAAUAAGGAGUUCCACGAGACCCAGAUUAUAUUGCCCCAACCAAGAUGAGAAGAUCGCAAGCAAAAAAUCAAAUCCUGGAAUAAAUUGGCCAGGUAGUUUGAUUACAAAAGGGUCCACAAAUGAGUCUUGGUGGUGUCUAUUGAAUGUCUAUUAUUAGGGGGCUUGGAAGGUUAUAUAUUCAUAGAUACAUUCCAAAACUUAUUAUAUCCAACAUGUACAGAUGAGAUUAUUUCAGAACCUUAUUUUAUGCUUAUGGAAUAUCUUCAUUGGUAUUAAAAUAUUAGCUAAGGGGCUUGGGAGCGAAGCUGAACAGACGCCAACUCUAUCGGCUCCCAAUCUGCAAAUAUCCCGAACAUCAUACACCUCUCAGCUAAACUAAGCCCACUAAGUGACUGGGGGAGCCGAGCGGAACUGACCGAUGCCUUUCUUUCAACCACCAAAGACAGGGUAGGCCCCGGGCCUACUUCAAGACUCUCCUAGACGGCAUCGGGGCAUACUACCACCCAGAUUCGGAGGAGAUAGAACCCCCAACAUCUAGCGACACCUCCGCAACCAUGAGGCGCCGCAUGCAGAAGCUGCAGCCAGCCUCGGCCGCUGACCAGCCAGAUAUCAGGGUGAUGUUGCAGCGACAAGCACCAUCCAAGAUGGCCGCCACAGAGGCCUCCCCCGCUCCAUCACUGAAAGCCCACUCACCAGAGCUGGGAGCAGAGGGCACGCAAAACAACACACUCCCGGCCCGUAAAUCAAGACCUGCAGGAAUACAUUGCAGGAGAUACAGGCUUUGCUGGCCGGCCGCGGAUAUCAGAACCCUCAGGGCAGAUGUGCCCCAAACUACAGAGCGGGUGAGUGCUAUGGAAGGGGACAUUCAAACAUUGAACAGUGGGGUGACGAAUCUUACGGAUGCCCUACAUUCCCUGCAAACAAUGCCCUACAUUCCCUCCCAAGAGGACCGCCUGCGCCGCAAUCAUAUCAAGCUCAGAGAAGUGCCGACAGGGAUCACCCCAGAGGAGUUGCCUCAUUUCAUAAGAAGACUUAUAGCCACUAUCCUGCCCCCAUCAACUGCCUGGAAAAUGACACUGGAGGGCAUAUAUCGCUUACCAGCAGGGCACAACUCAUCUUCCACAGAGGCAAGAGACGUCAUCUUGCGAUCUGCUACCUCUCAAGAUAAGGCAGCAAUAAUGUCAGCGGUGAGAGGCAAGAACCCCUUACUUUUUGAAAGCUCCCACCUACUUUUCUUCCGGACUUAACUAGGGCAACGCUACACUUGCGGAGAUCAUUGCAACACCUAACAGGCUGCCUGAGGACUGCAGGCAUACAGUACAGAUGGGGAAUGCAGAGGGUCCUCCUGAUCACCCAUAAUGGGACUACUCACAGAGCCACAUUGGAGGCGGACAUACUCGCAAUCUCCACCCUCCUGGGACUCCCGGAGACAUCCAAGACCAAUGCUACGAUAAAUACAAAUACUGAGAUUUGAUACCUCUCUUAUAUGUCAAUAUCAACCGAGAAGUUUCAUAAUGCACCUUCAAAAUAAAGAAUUUUAAAAAAAAAUAUGUAUUAGCUAAGUACAAUACUCAAUCACUAACAAUAACAUACCAAAAAGUUAAAUUGUCAUAUGGGAUGUAUGCCAUUAGAUAAGGAUGUUUUUCUGUACCAAGUCCAUCUAUAUUAUUUUAUAUGGAUUGUCUUUUAUAGGGAAGCUUAUGGGCAUUGUAUAAUGCAGAGCUGUAUAGGAUUCAAUGCUUCUCUGCAUAAGGCAUAUUGUAAUAUUGCUGUGUGAAGUAAUGCAGUGUGUCUGUGUGUGACUGUGGAUGAAGUGUGUCUGUGUGUGUGUGCUGGGGAUGACGUGUGUCCUGGGUGUAGUGUGUGUCUUUGUGUGUGCUGGAAACGCAGUGUGUGUGUGUACUGGGGAUGGAGUGUGUGUGCGUACUGUGGAUGGAGUAUGUCUGUGUACAGGAGUUCAGUGUGUGUCUGUGUGUGUGUGUGUGCUGGAGAUGAAGUGUGUGUGUGUGCUGGGGAUGCAGUGAGUGUCUGUGUGUGUACUGGGGAUGGAGUGUGUGUAUCUGUGUGUGCUGGGGAUGAAGUGUGUGUCUGCUUGUGUGCUGGUAAUGAAAUGUGUGUCUGUGUGUGUGCUGGAGAUGCAGUAUGUCUGUGUGUGUGCUGGGGAUGAAGUGUGUCUAUGUGUGAAUGCUAGGGAUGCAGUUUUUCUGUGUGUGCUGGGGAUGAAGUGUGUCUAUGUGUUGAUGCCGGGGAUGCAGUUGUUCUGCGUGUGCUGGGGAAGUAGUGUUUUCUGCAUGUGCUGGGGAUGCAGUGUGUGUUUGUGUGUGCUGGGGAUGCAGGGUGUGUGCUUGGGAUGAAGUGUGGGUGCUGGGGAUGCAGUGUGUGUCUGUGUGUGUUCUAGGGAUGCACUGUGUGUCUGUGUGUGCUGGGGAUGCAGUGAGUGUCUGUGUGUGUACUGGGGAUGAAGUAUGUGUAUCUGUGUGAGCUGGGGAUGUAGUGUGUGUGUCUGUGUGUGCUUGGGAUGAAGUGUGGGUGCUGGGGAUGCAGUGUGUGUGUGUCUGUGUGUGCUUGGGAUGAAGUGUGUGUGUAGGUGCUGGGGGUGCAGUGUGUUUGUGUGCGUGCUAGGGAUUGGCUUCCUAUGGGCAGCACACUGUGUGUGCACUGCAGCCAAUAAUGACACUUACUCUUGCUGCAUCCGCAGUGUUGUCUCUUCUGGCUGGAGUGGGGUCUGACCUGUCUUCUAGUGGCUCCAGCUCCGCUCCUUAAGACCCCACCGCUGCUGGCCUGCUUGUGACAUUUUGUAUGUUAAUCCUAUACCAGGCCCCCCACACAUGUGCUCUGUCCCUAACUAAAGAUGGCCCCAGCAGACAGAGGAGAUACCCAGGUAUCGACUACUACAUGGAACUCUCUGGUGUGAGCAGGUAUUUAACCAUCUCCACUGAGUAAUUCUUAAGCAUCUAGGACCUCUGUAUACCACCAGCCUUUGGGAAUUCUUAUGUCACACCAAUUCCUUUUUAAACCUUCAACCACUGUGACUGUCAUGAGACAGGACUAUACUUUGUACUUCUCAUCCCAUAAUAUUAUUAGAUUUUUUUCAUUCUGUUGUUUCUUUUCUUUUUCUGUUAUGACUUUUUAUCACCUUUUAUAUAUUUUGGUUUGUAAUAUUCACAAAACCUUUGCUAAGACGCGUGUUGCAUUAUACACUUAUCAGCCACAACAUUAAAAAUACCUGCCUAAUAUCGUGUAGGCCCCCCUAGUGCAGCCAAAACAGCUCUGAUGCAUUGAGGCAUGGACUCCAUUCUGAACAUGUCCUGAGUUAUCUGGCACCAAGACAUUAGCAGCAGAUCCUUUCAUUCCUUUCAUUGCGAGGUGGGGCCUCCGUGGAUCGUAUUUGUUGUUCCAGGACAUCCCACAGAUGCUCAAUUGGAUUGAGAUCUGGGGAAUUUGGAGGCCAAGGAAACACCUUGAACUCUAUGUCAUGUUCCUCAAACCAUUUCUGAACAAUGUUUGCAAUGUGGCAGGGUGCAUUAUCCUGCAGAAAGAGGCCACUGCCAUCAGGAAACACCAUUGUCUUGUAGGGGUGUGCGUGGUCUGCAACACUCUCUAGGCAGGUGUUAUGUGUCAAAGAAAAAUCAACAUGAAUGGCAGGAUCCAAGGUUACCCAGCAGAACAUUGUCCACCAGCCUGCCUUCUUCCAAUAAAGGCAUCCUUCGACAAACACGCACCUGGCCAUCCACCUGUUCUAAAUGAAAACGUGAUUCAUAAGACCAGGCAACCUUUUUCUAUUACUCUAUGGUCAAGUUCUGAUGCUCAUGUCCCCGUUGAAGGCACUUUUGAUGGUGAAUAGGGGUCAUCAUGGGCAUGCAGCCCAUAUGCAGCAAACUGUGCAAUGUGUGUUCUGAAACCUUGCUGUCAUGGCCAGCAUUACGUUUUUCAGCAAUUUGAGCUACAAUGGCUCUUCUGAGUGAUUGGACCAGGCGGGCUAGCCUUCCCUCCACAUGUGCAUCAGUGAGCCUUGACCCCCGUGAUCCAGACACCGGUUCACCGGUUGUCUUCAUUGCACCACUUUUGGUAGGUACUAACCACUGCAUACCGGGAACCCACAAGACUUUGCUUUUUGGACAUGCUCUGACCCGGUCAUCUAGCCAUCACUAUUUAGCCCUCUUCAAAGUCACUCAGUCCUUUUCACUUACCCAUUUUUCCUGCUUGCAACACAUGAAAUUCAAGAACUGGCCGUUCACUUGCUGUCUAAUAUACCCCCCCGGAAUGGUGCCAUUGUAACUAUAUAAUCAAUGUUAUACCAGUCAGUGGUUUUAAUGUUUGGCUGAUGAGUGUAGGGGUGGGUAUUCCUCUAUUCUUUUCUAUGAUUUAAAUUCAAGAUCUCUCAAUAAACUUGAAAGUAAAAAUAAAAUAAAUUAUAUAAAAAAAGGAAAUAUCAGUCUGUUUUAAUAGCUAUAGGUAAGCUUACAUCAAGAUAUGAAUAAUGUUGGAGACUAGAAGACAUCAGAUAUGCCCCAUGUCUCACCAUACGGCAAAACAAAACAAGCUUUUCCUAGGAGGAGUUGAAAUAUUAAACACUAGGGUCAAGAGGGUCCAACAGUGCACUUCACAAUUUACAAUCCCCACUAAUAAUUACAUAACCCAGGAAAACACAGAACAUGUUAACUCCAAAAGUGCUUACUAGACGUACAAAGCAAUGUGUGGAUGGUAUUGGAGAGAGUGAAGAGAAUAUAAUCACUGGACAAUGCACACCUUUCACGUGGAACUUCUGUCUGGUCUGGUGGUUUCCCUAUAAGUAGGAUAGUAAGUGAGCUGAUGGAAGUAGGGGAAACUAAGUAAUGGAGAAGGCUAGGACUUAGCCUUAUGCAAAGUAACAAAAAGCAAAACUACCGAACUGUGAUUAAAUCGUAUACAGCUAGAGAAUUGUCAGCUAAAAUUGCAGUGUAUUGCCAAGUCUAAUCAUAAUUAAAAUUGACAAGAGAUAAUUGCUCUGCUUCAAGAAAGAAGGAUAAAGAGCUGCUUAUCUGCUUAUGCUUCAUGGUUGCAUAUAUUAUAAUCUUUUUUGUGUAUUGAUAUAGCUGAUCUAAGAUGGUGAUUAUAGCCCUGAUUUUAUAUUUUUGAAAUUAUUUUUAAUUUUUGGAUACACUUUUAAAAUGAUUUGUCAACAGAAGUCACCAUUAAAGUCUAUGGGGAUUUUUGUAGAUAACUCAUUUAAAAAGCUUAUUAAAAAUAUUAGAUGAAGGCCUUGACUACAUGGCUACAUUUACUCCUCUUUGUUCUAUUUAUGCUUCUAUGGUACUAUUGUUAUUUGUAACAUUUAUAUUUUUUUCAAUGGUUAAUUUUAUGAUUCUAUGAAAACUGAAAAAAAUAUUUUCACAAAAAAGAAAACAUUAAAAGCACACAGAGCGAUUACCGUGACUUUUUACCCUGCAUUACAGGUCUAAUAAAGUGUACUGCAGAAAGAACAAAUUUAUCAACAAUAAGAAACCUGUAGUAUAUGUAAAAGUGUCCUGGUGUUUAAACAAACCAAACAAAAUAUAGUUUAAUAAUAAAAAUAAUGCAAAAAUGUAAUCUUCAAGAGAGUACUGUAAAAAGUUAAAGGGUACCUUUAACUUGCUCUGCGAUUGCUAUGUCUGACAUCACUCUGUUUAGGCGCUGGCAUGUUGGCAACGAAGCCUCCGCAAGCAGGGCAAAUUAAAGAAGACCACAGGAAGAUCAAGGGCCGGACCAGAGGUGGGUGUUACAAAAAAGUAACACCUACAAACCUCAAAACAUGGCGGCGAUGGAACGGAGGAAAGGUGAGUAAAUCUCAAUAUUUUAAAUUGAAUACAUCAAGUAUCUCUAUGAUAUCUGAUGUAUUGAAUGCAUUUGGAGGGGCGCUUUAGAUAAAGUUGUAAAAGGCAUAACAUGUUUACUUUAAAGAAGAGAUUGAACUUAGUGAAUUUAUCCACUCAGCUUUAUAAAGCACACCAUAAAAUGCACCGACACUAGUAGAGCCAGUAAACUACAAAAAUAAAUUGUCUGGAAUUAAAUAUAAUUAACCUGGGAAUUACUUAAGAAAUUGGGAGGUAAAUUGUAAUAUUCACUCCAACAAGGUUCACUGACCUACUUAAAAUAUCACCUUGAAAUAUCAGGAGGACAUAAGAAGUCACAUCCCAAAACCCAGGCAUAAUAAUCAGGAUCUUUCAAAGAUAUGUCCAAAGAAUUCAGUGUGUAUUUCAUAAACAUAAAAUACUUACUGUGUUAAAAGUUAAUUGAAAUUCCAACACAGUCAAAAGAGAUUGUAAGACAAAGUCCUUAUUAUUAGGGCAAGUGUGAAGAAGACACUAGUGUAUCUCAAGACUUAGUGUAUGAUGGAUCCUGCAGUUUUACAGCUCCAUAGACAUCGGGGUUGUAUUCUCUCAUAUGCAUGAAUGGAUAGACAACCCAACACACAGAAUAAAGUCACACAAGUACAGGAAAAACAGUAGACAGCAGUACGUAUUACAGGACCAUAGCGUGACCAGGCUUAAUGUGCAAAGAACAAGAAAUAGAAAUGUCAAAUAAUAGACACGGUCAAUAGAGAUAUACUAAAUAGAUAAACAAGCUAAGGUCAGGGAUACAGGGAAAAGAGUAGUCGCGACAACCCAAGAUCAAUAAUCAGAAGUCAGAGUGUAGAAAAAAUGCGCUCUCUGAUAAACAAACGGGAAUCUACAACAGGGCACUGAAUAUAUAUAUAUAUAAAGCUCAAGUAUUUAUAGGCCUGGGGUUUCAAUGAUAGCCACACCCCAAAACAUUAGUGGGGCCGUCAUCAACGAUGUGAUGACACUGUGAAGUGGGUGUGGUUUAAUGGCAUCAUAAAGGGUGGUAUCAGAAAAGCUGGAAAAUGUGACUGGGGGUGUGAAACUGAUGUGGUGCCUACUUGGGAGGAUUAGGGCACCAGGUGAGUGCUGAAUUGCAAGGUUAUGUGUCCUUACAAAAGCACUGAUGUGUCUCCAGGCAGAUAAAAUACCAGGAUAUGAUGAAAGUUUCAGUGGGGAAAAGCUUCAGGUAAGAGUAUCUUUGGAAAAUAGGCAAAGACUACUGAAGGUGACAGAACUGCUUUAACUAAUUUCACAGAAAUAGGUUGUUAGGUCAGGCAUGCUUUACAAAUCUCCAUGGCACUGCUAUUAGUUAUGAGCUGCUUAUAUAUUCCUGAUCCCUUUCUCCUUAGACACUAACUCUCCUACUCAUCAGGCUAGUAAACCAAUUGGCAUCUUCUCUAUUUAUUCCUCUAACUUAUUUAUGAUCCUUAACCAGCAAUAUCAAUGUGCCAUUUACCCAUCUUUAUAUACCUAAACUAGCUUGGCCUAUUAGAAAACUUUGGUCUCUGACAUUAAACAGAUUUUACUUCUCUCCAUUCACCCACAUUGAUUGUCUUCUGUACUGGUCAAGAAUCCUCUAUCUUUCAACUGUCCUGAGAAAGAAGGGCAGAUACAAAUAAAAACAUCUCUAUGUUGCUAUCAUCACUCACACCAAUGAUCCCGUAACCUCCAAAGGUGCUGAAAAGUCAAUCUGCUUGUGGGUAUAAAUGUAUGUAUAGCUAUAAACUUUAGCCCUCAGUUUUUCACAUUGACUUCACCUUCCUCAUAAUCACAUUCUAUCACAACUCCAACCUUCUCUUGAAAACCUUUAGUAAAUUAAAUGUACUACUUGGUCCUAACUCAAAAAAAAAUUUGCUUUUUUUUUUAGUUAAUUAAUCUAAUGUCCGGUGCUGAAAUACUUACCUCACACAGAAGUCUGUAGUAAGUGCCCAUGGAGACAUAUAUGGGGGGGACAUACCUCUCAAUUAAUAUAGGUAUUUCCACUUUUUUGAAUAUUACACCAUUGAAAUAAAAAACAUUAAAAAUCACCUAUAGAUUAUAUUAAGAUGUUGAUUGGUUUUAAUUUAAAUUUAUAUUAAAGAUUUUGCAAAUCACAAUUAAGUUGAGUCCAGGCACAGUAGGGCACACAUUGCAUAUUAGGAAGGGACAUAGAAACACUGUUGCAAAGGACAGAGUUUAUAACAAUGAUUGAAAGGGAGCUAAGAUGGACAGUUGCUCACAAUCGCUGUAUUAAAACCACACCAUGUUAUAUCAGCACAGCAAGAGCAGCAUUAACUUUAAUCUUGCAACGUUAAAUAUCUACUUUCACAGUAAUAUCCCCACACUGUGCUGUAUAAUUAACUCCAAAUAAUGGUGCAUUAUAGUGGCACUGUCACAAAUUAUUUAAUUGGAGAUGUUGUGUAUCUCUCAAUAUUGUAAGGUCAACAAGGAAAGAAUGCCAAAAUCAAACCUGGGUCUUUUCAGGACCCUACUCAAGGCUCUAUUAAAGGUUAACUUCCCCACACCAUCUUCUCCGAUCAGUACUCUGCAUUUACCUUUGUGCUGUUUAACUUGAUCUAGUACAAUAUCCAUUGUGACCUUAUCUCUUGCUAAUUUAUUACUGGUUACGUGUAGCUAGUUUAGAGUGGUUUAAAACCAUUGUACAAAUGCAGUAUGCACCCUCCCUUAAUCUGUCUCCAAGGGGAUGCAAGUUCUACAGAAUAUUAUGUAACUGUAGCAGUAGAAAUAUUACCUAAUGAGUUCUUUCCUAGUCUCAUGAGACACAUUGUCUAAAUAAACAGCAAAAAGAAUAACAUCCUUGUGAAAUAUACAUUUUCUGUUUGUUUGUUUUUUUGUGUAUUGACAGAAAACUCUGUAGUGUAAUAAACAGGAUCUUGGACCCUUAAUAUCUAGAAGGUUACCACUUGGCUCAGGAGACCGAGAGCAAAUCCAUAUCCAUGUUCACUUAAAGGGACACUAGAGUCAUCAAAACAACUUUAGGUUAAUUGAGCAGUUUUGGUGUAUAGAUCAUGAAUCUGCUGUCUCCCUGCUCACUUCUCUGCCAUUUAGGAGUUAAAUAACUUUGUUUAUACAGUCACACUACCCUGCAUGUGACUUGCACUAAGCACUUCCUGUAAAGAGAUGUCUAAUGUUUAUACUUCCUUUACAGGGCCGGCGCUUCCUAUAAGGCGAACUAGGCAGCCGCCUAGGGCGCCAUAUAGGAGGGGGCGCCCUGCGCCCCCAUCGCCGGUCCUUUAAAUGCCGCAGCCAUCUGAGCGCUCUGUAGAGAGCGCUCAGACGGCUGCUGCACUGCCUCACCUCCCCUGCCCUGCUGUAGCGUGGCCGAGCUCCUUUCUGGUCCAACCCGGCGGACUGACAGGAAGUGCACACUGAGUAUUGCACUUCCUGUCCGCCGAGUCGCGGAACGAAAAAGCUAACUAAACAGAAAGUAAGGAGGGAGGAAGAAGAUACUGGGGAAAGGUUAUAGGGGCAGGAGAGAGGAGAAAGAAACUGAGAGAAAGGUAUAAGAGGAGGAGAAAGAGAAAGAGAUACUGGGAGAAGGAAAGCAUACUGAGAGAUUGUAAGGGAGAGAGAAAGGAUACUGGGAGAAUUAUAGGAAAGAGAGAGAAGAGAGAUACAGAGAAAGUAUUAGGGAGAAAAAGAUUACAGGGAGGAGGAAGGGGAGAAAGAAAGAAAAUUACAGGAGGGGAGAAGAUUACAGGGAAAGGGGAGAAGGUAGAAGGUACAGGAGUAGGGAGAAAGGGAGAAUUACAGGGAGGGGGAGAAGAAGAGAAGAUUACAGGGGAGAAGAAGCGAUUACAGGGAGGGAAGGGGGGAGAAGAUUACAGGGAGGGGCGAGAAGAAGAGAAGAUUACAGGGGGGAGAAGAAGAGGAGAACACAGGGAGGCGGGGGAAUAAGAGGAAAACACGGGGGGAGAAGAAGAGGAGAACACGAUGGGUGGGAGAUGAGAACGUAGGGGAGGGAGAGACCACUAAAGGGGGAGGGGGUGGAGAGACCACUAGGGGAGGGGGUGAGGAGAGACCGCUAAGGGAGGGGGGUGGAGGAUAGACCACUAGGGGAGGGUGGGGGGAGAGGAGAGACCACUAAUGGAAAGGGGGGCAGAGGAGAGCAGAGACCACUAAGGGGGAGACGAGAGACCACUAAUGGAAAGUCGGGGAUAAAAGGAGACCACUAAGGGAGGUAGGGGGGAGAGGAGAGACCACUAAGGGGCAGGGGAGAUCUCUAAGGGAUGGGAGAGCUCUAUAGGACAGGGGGCAGGACAGGGAGCUCUUUCACACCCCACGCACACACACACACACAAUGCAUCCCUAUACACACAGAAACACAACAUGCUUCCCUUAUACACAGAGAAACAAAUAAUGCAACCCUUACACAUAAAGACAAUACAUCCUUUGCACAUAUACACAGAAACACACAAUGCAUCUCUUACACACACAUGCAAACACACACUGCUUCUCUUACACACACACACAGAAACACAAUGCAUCUCUUACAAACACUCAACAUAGAAACAUAGAAUGUGACGGCAGAUAAGAACCAUUCGGCCCAUCUAGUCUGCCCAAUUUUCUAAAUACUUUCAUUACUCCCUAGUCUUAUCUUAUAGUUAGGAUAGCCUUAUGCCGCACCCCUUACAGACACACACACUGCAUCCCUUACAUACACAGAAACACACUUUGCAUCCCUUAUGCAUACAAACACAGAUUCACACAAUGCAUCCCUUACACACAACAAGAAACACACAAUACAUCCCUUAUACACAAACACUCACUGCUUUCUAUCCCUUACACAAAAACACAGUGCUUCCACUACAUACACACUGCAUCACCUACACAAACUGGUAUCCCUAAACACUACAUUCCAUAAGCACACACAUUAGAUCCUCUACAGUAACACAUAACACAUAACACAUCCCCUACACACUCCACUCCCUGUGAGCAAACUCAUGGGUGGAACAUGUAGGUGGACUUAUGGGUGGGCUUUAUGGGCAUACUCACCGUCAGGCCCUGGGGCCCAGACCUUGAGCUAUGUAAGAGGCCCCAAAAAAUGGAGCUGCUUCCCGUUCUCCAAGAACAUUGAAUUUUGUGACCACAGUUACAAACAGCCUCCAGAGAUCCUGUUCUACACCAGACCAGUGGAGCAAGACUGCAGCCAGAGCCCAUCACCAUCCUCAUCUGAUUGUAAGUAGGCAAUCUAGUAUAUUAUUAGUGACACUAAUCUCUAAUUUACCUCACAUUAAAUGGACACUAUAGUCCCCAGAACCACUGCAGCUUAAUAAAGUUGUUCUGGUGUCUAUAGCCGGUCCCUGCAGGCUUUUUAAUGUAAACACACACUGUGUGCAGCACUGGCAUUAGUUCAUAUGGCAGAUCAUAUGGGUGGGGCGAUGUCUCGGGGCGGGGGGUGGGGGGGUAGUGGGCGGCAAAUCUUUUUUUUGCCUAGGACGGCAAAAAUCCUUGCACCGGCCCUGUCCCUGUUCCUUUAUUACACAGUCUGUUUAAUUUACAAUUUCUUAUCUCAUUCACUGUUAAAGUUCAAUUUACAGAACAGUAGAUAAAAGCUUUUAAAGUAAGUUAACAUCUGAUUGAAAGUAAAAGCAUUUUGUUUUCAUGCAGGCUGUGUGAGUCACAGCCAGAGGAGGUGUGAUUAGGGUUGCAUAAACAGAAAUAAAAGGGAUUUAAUUCCUAAAUGGCAGAUAACUGAGCAGUGAUACUUCAGAAGCAUGAUCUAUAAACAUAAAUUUCUUUAUGAAGCUAAAGUUGUUUUGGUGACUAUAGUCUCCCUUUAAGUUUAAACAUAUUUCUUCCUUGUUCCAAAAAUCUACGAAUUAGCCCACCAGUGUUUACUGGUCUUUUAUUUUCUGGGAGAUCAACCAGAGAUGCUCAUAGGGUGUGUACUAGCUUCAAAUGUAGUUAUUCUAUUUGAUGUGUUGCUGCUAAACUGGUAUAAAUCUUAUAUAGAAAACAAAAAUUAUAGGUCACGCCACAAUAGAAACAAAUGAUAUGAUAUAAUAAAAUAAAUAAAUAAUAAAACCAAUAUUGUACUAAAAGACAAAAUAUUUAAAAGGAAUAGUACUGGUAUUAAGAUACAGGAAAAAUAAAAAUAGGUCACGUCACAGUAGACAAUGAAAUAAUAUGAUUACAGUAGUGUACUUACAUAAAUAAGACAAAACGAAAUAUACAAUAGUCCUGAUUUUACUCCAGUAGUGUACACUGUAUCAAACAGUAGAGCGGAAAGGAAACUUCACAGCAAUGGUAUUCCUACUCACCUAUUUAAGAGCUAGUCCAAAGCUCAGGUGUGGAUAGCAUUCAGUGGCAUUGAUCUCCCACUGGUAGGAUGUAGGUGGUGAUUGAUGACGUGUAGCUUGAAGUGAAGGUUUUCUUGAUGUGAGGAAAAAAUACAACAAAAAAUAGUGGUCUCUGUAUAUAACAAAUAAAAAGAUAAUAAUAAAAAGGUAUUAUACUCACAUUUGAGUGAGCAGGGUAUACUGCUCACUAUCAUAGCGUGGGUGGUAUAAUCCCCACCUUAGGAUUCUUGGAUGAGUAUAUACUGCGAUAUUCUUGGUGUCCAGGUUAAAAAAUAAUAAAUAAAAUGAUUUGUAAAAAAGGUGUAUGGCACACACAAAGUAUAGGGGACAAUAUUCCUUUAAUAGUACAAAUUUAAAAAGCAAUAAAAACAGCCAAAACAUGUUUCCCCAACACAGGGCUUCAUCAACUGGCAAUAAAAUUAUCAGUUGAUGAAGCCCUGUGUUGGCGAAACACGUUUUGGCUGUUUUUAUUGCUUUUUAAAUAAAAUUGUCACAGGACAGAGACAAAUGUUCAAUAUCUGAACCAAAACAAAACCUAGAAUUUGUGUUAUGUGUUUGUUUCACUUUCAUUUAAGAGUUUCUCUUUAAGUGCAUCCAUACAUACAGUGAUCAGCCACAACAUUAAAAUCACCUGCCUAAUAUCAUGUAGGUCCCCUUGUGCUGCCAUAACAGCUAUGAUGCAUCAAAGCAUGGACUCCACAAGACCUCUAAACGUGUCUUGUGGUAUCGUACACAGAUUUUAUCAGCAGAUCCUUUAAGUGAGAUUGGGCCUCCAUGGAUUGGAUUUGUUCUUCCAGCAAAUCCCACAUAUGCUCAAUCGGAUUGAGAUCUGGGGAAUUUGGAAGUGAAAACAACACAAAUCAUUCUUGAAGAAUUUUUGCAGUGUGGUAUAGUGCAUUAUCCUGCUGAAAAUGGAACAUCAUCACCAUUGCCAUGAAUGGAUGUACGUGGUCUGCAACAAUCUCUAGAUAGGUGGUACCAGGGCCGGCGCUACCUGUAGAGAGCCUCAGGCAGCUGCAGCUUUGCCCGGGCUGGUGCGUCCAUGAGGGAGCACCGCCCAGGCGCAGCAUGAGGAGAGGGGCUGACAGGAGGGAAGCGCUCAGCGCUCCCUCCUUUCACUCCCUCACUGUAGCGUGGCCGAGCUCUGUAUGGUCCGCGGGUACAGUGAGCAUCUGUCUCCUGUACCCGGCCGGACUAACAGGAAGUGCACACUGAGUGUCUCCUGUACCCGGCCGGACUAACAGGAAGUUAGAGUGUGCACUUCCUUUUAGUCCGUGGACCAUACAGAGCUCGGCCACGCUACAACAGUGUGGGGGGGGGGAAUAGAAGGAAAUUGAGAGAGGGAAGGAAACUAGAGGGGGAUAAGGGAGGUGGAGGAGGGGAAGAAGAAGGAAAUUGGAGAGGGAGGAGAAGAAGGAAAUUGGAGAGGGAGGGGAGAAGAAGGAAAUUGGAGAGGGGGGAGAAGAAGGAAGAGGGGGGAGAAGAAGGAAAUUGGAGAUGGGGGAGAAGAAGGAAAUUGGAGAGGGGGGAGAAGGAAAUUGAGAGGGGGAGAAGGAAAUUGAUGGGGGGGAGAUUGACAUCCAUCACACACACACAAUCACACACAAUGCACCCCUUGCACACAGAGAAACACACAAUGCAUUACACACAAGCAAUGCAUCCCUUACACACACAGAAACACACAAUGCAUUCAUUACACACACUCAAUGCAUCCCUUACAGACGCACACACUGCAUCCCAUACAUACACAAACACACCUUGCAGCCCUUGCCCAUACAAACACAGAUUCACACAAUGCAUUCCUUACACACAUCAGGACAUCCCCUACAUACUCCACCCCCUGUGAACAAACUCAUUGGUGGAACAUGAAGGUGGACCCUGGGACCCAGACCUUGAGCUGUGUAAAGGGCCCCCCAAAAAUGGAGCUGCUUCUUGUUCUCCCAGAACAUUGAUUUUUGUGACCACAGUUACAAACCGCCUCCAGAGAGCCUGUUCUACACCAGACCAGUGGAGCCAGACUGCAGCUUGAGCCCAUCAUCAUCCUCAUCUGGUUGUGUGUCGGCAAUCUAGUAUAUUAUUCGUGGCACUAAUCUCUAAUUUACCUCACAUUAAAGAAACACUACAGUCCCCAGAACCACUGCAGCUUAAUGUAGUGGUUCUGGUGUCUAUAGCCUGUCCCUGUAGGCCUUUUAAUGUAAACACGGCAGCACUGCAGCACUGGCGUUAGUUAACAUGACAGAUCAUAUGGGUGGGGCAUUAUGAUGUCACAUGGGGGGGCGGCAAACUUUACUUUUGCCUUGGGCAGCAAAAAUCCUUGCACCGGCCCUGGGUGGUACAUGCCAAAGAAGCAUCUACAUGAAUGCCAAGGGCCCAAGGUUUCCCAGCAGAACAUUGCCUAGAGCAUAACACUGACUUCUCCAGAUAGUGCAGCCUGCUGCUAUUUCUUCCCCGGGUAAAUUAUGCACUUGCACCAGGCCAUCCAUCAGACCUAAAAGAAAAAGUGAUUCAUCAGACCUGGCAGAGGUUCUUCCAUUGCUCCAUGGUGCAAUUCUGACACUCAUACCCCAUUUCAUAUGGAACUGCAAUGUUUUAAAUUGCACCCAGACCACUUGAAUUAGCUGGAGUGGUCUGGGUGCUUGUAGUGUCCCUUUAAAGAGUUACGCCAUCCCCCACGCUGGUAGAAGUCGUCAUCGAGUAUGCAGUGGUGUAUCCUGGUUUUGUGCUGCCCUAGGCAGGACAAAACUCAGACGUCCCCCUCCCCCCGCCCCACCUUCUAAAUACACACACACAAACAGUCAGACACACACACACAAACACACAGUCAGACACAAACACACAGUCAGACACAAACACACACACACACACACAGUCAGACACAAACACACACACACAGACACCCACACACAGUCAGACACAAACACACACACACAGUCAGACACACACACACACAAUCACUCACAUUAACACUUUUAAAAAAUUUUUUAUUUAACCCCCCUCCUUACCUGUGGGAAUGCUGGGGGGGGGGUUUCUUUCUCCCUGGGGUCCAGUGGCUGCCAGUCGGGCUGAUGGGCUGGCUGCUGGGCGGGUGGCUGGCGAGGGAGCACUUCCUCUGAGCGGUCUGCUCAGCUCCCUCGCGUGCCGCAGAGUGAGGCUGGGAGCUGGAAUAUGACGUCAUAUUCCGGCUCCCAGCCUCACUCUGCAGCGCGCGAGGGAGCUGAGCAGACUGCUCAGAGGAAGUGCUCCCUCGCCAGCCGCCCAGACCAGCGCCCAGCAUAUCAGUUUAACAAGACAUUUGCCCUGGGCAUUUGGGCGGCGGCUUUUUAAAAAAAAUGCUGCCCAAGGCAAAUGCCUUGUUUGCCUCGCGGCUAAUACGUCCCUGCGAAUAUGUAUGUGCAACAUUUGUUCUUGAAACGUGGCACAUACAGUAAUAUCUUCGUGCAGCACACAUGUACUCUGUUCCAUGCUGCCUAAUGUCAGUUCUGUGCAAAAAUUACAUUUGCCGUCAUCGUCCUGGCAACAGAUGUAAUGAAUUUCUUCCUUGCACUCAGUGCGCCUGAAGCUUCAGUGUCCCCUCUCUUGCUUUUCUUAUUUUGUCCAGCACUCCUUCCUCUUCCAGGCUCAGUGUGCUCUCUGAACCAGAACAUUCCUAUCAAAUGCUUCUCUAUGAGAAGUAUUAGAUUAAACUAUAGAGCAGAAGGGAGUAACAUCAGACGGGGAAUGGAUGACCCUCGCCUGGUGCUGGAUUUAAGGUUUUAUAUCUAACUCAUAGCGAUUAUAACAGAAAAGGGGGUCCCUAGUUACUAGUGCCCAAUAGGGCAAUAUAACAAAAAUUACACCAAGGAUAAUAAAUAGUUAGAGUAACCUUUUAAAUAGAAUUCAAAUGUUAAAAAUGUGGGGUAUUCCUAUACCCAAAGGCAUACUAAAAAGGAAGUGGGGCGAUCCACACUCAUAGUGGGCAGCAGGAGGAGGAAUGCAGAGACGCGCAAUGCCGUGCUGUCCACAUGCUCCACCCUCACAGUGUUUGAGCUGAAGCACUCUGACACUCUGUGCGGGAGACCCUGGAGACGGAUCAGCAGGGAGCAGCGAGCAGGCUUAGGAUCAGGGUUAGUGCUUGCUAAUAUUGUUGAUUUGUUUUGUUUUUUGUUUAACCCCUUAAAGGACCACUAUAGUGCCAGGAAAACAUACUCGUUUUCUUGGCACUAUAGUGCCCUGAGGGUGCCCCCACCCUCAGGGACCCCCUCCUGCCGGGCUCUGGGGAGAGGAAGGGUUUAAACACUCACCUUUCUCCAGCGCCGGGCGGGGAGCUCUCCUCCUCCUCUCCGCCUCCGAUCCUUCUCUUCGGCUGAAUGCACAAUGCUUUCCUAUGGACGCUGGCGUCUUCUCACUGUGAUUUUCACAGUGAGAAGCACGCAAACGCCUCUAGCAGCUAUCAAUGAGACAGCCACUAGAGGAUUUGGAGGCUGGAUUAACCCUAUUAUAAACAUAGCAGUCAACCCUAGAGGGACCUGGCACCCAGACCACUUCAUUAAGCUGAAGUGGUCUGGGUGCCUAGAGUGGUCCUUUAAGGACACAUGACAUGUGUGACAUGUCAUGAUUCCCUUUUAUUCCAGAAGUUUGGUCCUUAAGGGGUUAAAAGUGUUUUUUGUGCAGGGGUCUUGUAGAGGGAGGUGGGGCAGGGGUGUUUGUGAAUAGGGGGUGCAUUGGGCUGUAUGUAGUGCGGGGGUAUUGUAGAGGGGGAUGCAGAAGUUUUUGUAGAGAGGGGGCAGGGAUUUUUGUAAAUGGGGGGGCACUUUUUUUUUAAGGCGGGCAUGUUUUUUGUAGAGGCAGCAGGGGAUUUGAAAAAGUGGGACUGGGCAUUGGUUUUGUAGCAGGGGGCUUGUAGAAGGGGGGCUGGGCAGGGGAUUUGUAGAAGGGGGAAUAGGCAGGUUUUUUUUGUAGAGUAGAGAGGGCAGGGGUUUUGUAGAAAUGGGGGUUGUAUUGCACAGACAGUUAGUAUUGUUUUUGUGUACACUUAUGUGGCAUGUGUAUUAUUAUGAAAAAUAUUUUUGCAAAUCUUGAAAAUUGAUUAUACAAACUACAAACAUAUCCCAGCAAAAUAGAACAUUGAAAUUAUUAUUAAGUUAAGAAAACUUUGACUGAAUCAGCAAGAACACUAAUGCAACAAUUGAAAGAACACAAUAAUAUAAUGUGGAGGGAGGGUAGUAAUGGUAGAAUGGGAAGGUUCUAGAAUUGUAUUGAGGUGAAAAGGUUAAUGCUGAAUUUUGUUACACCAUUACAUAGUAAUCUGGGUUGAAGAAAUACUCAAGCCCAUGAAGUUCAACAUGUAUAACUGUUAAAACCCAUUCCUUUAUGUUGUUGAUCCAAAAAAAGAGAAAAGGGCAUAUUUAGAAAAAGCUGAAAUGUUCCUUAUCUGCCAACAAUGGACACUUCUGAACUCCAUCUGCUAAAUGCCUGUGUGCCUGAGCAGAAUGCUUAGCUUGUUUAAAAAGGCAGAAGGCAGACGAAGGAAUGGUAGUAUUUAUAGCGACUGCGUUCAUAAUUGGGCUGCGUGGUGAUGAUAAAAAUACAUGCUGAUAAUAUAUACAUCUAAUUGUUUCUCACAGUCAAAUGUUUGGAGACAGAUGUCAGACAUAAGCAUGAACAAUCACACAAAUCAUUAACAUCAUGUAAAAACAGAUGCUGCUAACCCAGCUGCAUUGACUUUUACAUGUUUUAAAAUAUGUACACUGUACAUCCAUGCUGUUUGGAUUCUAUAGUCCAUCUUUAGACCUAAGUCCUUGUGACGGUCUGAAUAUGUGUUACCAUCUGUCAUUCCCUUAUUUCCAUAAAAUAAUAUCGCCAAUAAUCCUCAGGGUAAAAUAUUGCUGGUAUCGCAUAAUAAUCCACUCAUGAACCAAAGCUUAAUGCGGGAACAAGACUGGUUUAAUGGAAGGCAAAGGCAUUCAAUCUAUACUGCAUCAAACUCCUCCUCUGAGCCAGCAAGAUAAUUGAGCUUUGGAAACAUACUAAACUCAAUUAUCUGCUGGCCAGAAAAAUCUUACAAUUUCACAUUUUCCAGAAAUAUCAUAAACAGACAUAAAACCCCACAAAAAACAUAUCCCUGGGUAACUGAGCUUGAUGGGAGUAACAUAUGAAAAAUUUAGACAUCCGUUCGGUAGUUUUCUAAUGGCACUGUGUGAAAGUUUGACCGGUCUGCCACGAGGGUGAAUCCGAAAAAGAGUUCCAUAGAAUUGGUAGCAAGAGCCGGUCUGCGUUCGCGUGGAUUUGUACGAAAACCACCAUAGAUGGAGUAAAGCUGAUUUGUGUAGAAUGCUCCUCUUGUUCGUCUGAUUGAAACUCGAUUGAAAGUAGUACGUAUGGGACUUCCAUAAAGACCGGUGUUCGUGCGAGUGCCAUGCCCAAAACAGUUCCAGGCACUCGACGACCAAGUCUCGCUGCCCGUGUUCGGGAGAAAAGAUGGCCGCCGUCCAUUGUUCUCACCACGUGCGUUCAUAUGCACGAAAUGGCAGCCACCUAGGAGCAUUCAAUUACUCUGCGGUUUUCGUAUAGUUACACAGUGUUCCACGUUCCAAUUAGUACCCAGGGUGGUCUCCGUUCGGUAAAACAAAUGAUUUACCGAGCAACGAAAAAUAAAACAGAUAAACAAGGGAAUUAGGUAGCAGGGAGGGGAAAUAACGGUUACUGGGGAAUCCUUCACAGUCCUCAAGUAGGCUGCCUGUGGAAUUUCUUCUCUAAUGAUAACUAUAUGUAUACACAGUCAGCAUACCUACCAACAGUCCAGGUUCCAGUUCGUGCUGCUGUCCUGCUGUCCCAGGUUGGUUUCCUGUUGUUCCCUGAUAUCUUCAGAAAAAACACAAAGAAAGUGCAUCAGCAGAAACAUGCUGUGCUGUAUGGACACACAUGCAUAGUCAUUGGCCCUAAGACUAGGCACAGAUUUCUUCAGCAGUGCACUGUCUAUCUUGAGUGUGGCUCGAUAGGGAGGUGGUCAGUCAGCCUGGGUUGCAUUCACCGAUGCUUCCCUCUUUGGAUGGCCCCACUCCUUUUCCAAAAAGGACUGUUUCAGGUCCUGAAACAUGUGGCGUUACUGGAAUAUUUCCAUAGGCUUGUCCACCUCCCUUUCUGACUUCAUAUCUUCAAAUGUUGGGAAGUAUAAAAUGGCCAUGCUUUUGUAGGUUAAAGGGGCAUAUAUACCUAUAUAUCUUUCAGAAUUGUUCUGCCAAAGGCAUGAUGAUUGGGCUCAAUGCUUCUCUAUGAGAGGCAUCCAGGUGGUUGAGCAUAGUGAUUGGUUCACAUGCCUAGUAGGUCCCUAGUGCUUGUUUCUAAAACACAUUGGAUUAGACCAGAGAUCAUCUGGACAGAGUAGGAGUGAUUGCAGCAGAGAGACUGCCUGGUGUUGAUAAAAAGAUGAGUAAAACAAGGCUUUUUAUAUUUGAAAACUAUAAGUCUAGUAAGAUGCUUAUUUUUGAUGUUAGAGUGUUACUUUAACCAAGGCUAUACAUGGCUCAGCAGGAGAGAGUAAGGACAAAUCGACUCUCAUUACAGUGUGCCAGGGCGCACACCGCAUGUCCCUUUUACAUUGCCAUGACUUUGUUGACUUUGACGUGAAUUUCAUUCAAGGGGUUCAUUAGUUAAAAUAUUUUGGGAUCACAGGUAGUUUAAGUAUCUGUGACUUCUUUUAGUUUUCUCUAUGAGUAAAAUGUUGUGUUUUUAAUUUGUACAAGCAUUGUAAUUAAAUAUAAAAGAACACUAUAGUGUUGGACUACAUGUUUGGGACACCGGGCCUCAUCAGUAAGGAGUAAAAAGUAACUUUACUUACCUUUUCUCCAUCACCGCUCUGGUCUCGCUGUGGCUGGACCCUUCUCUAUGGCUGAGAUCAUGAGUCUUGAUGUUCUCAGUCAAUCCAAUGCUUUUUCCAUAGGAAAGCAUUAGGAAGCUGUUGUGUAAAAGCUAUUUUGGAACCUAUUGUGUAAAGGGACUAUAGUGUCCUUUUAACUUUGAUAUCCAGUGUCAACAAAUAUUUUAGUUCAUCACCUUACUAUUAGCUGCAAUAUGCUUUUGAAAGAAAAAAAAUACAAAGCUACAACUACAUCCCACAAUUCACUUAAUUUACAAUCAUAGAUGGAAAUAUCUACGCCUAUUUUUUUGGUUAAAGAGCAUAAUAAAUUAUUUUUGUCGAUGGUGAUAAAAUUGCAGGUUGUACAGCCUUCAGUAGCAAGCUAAAAAGUGAAUUACAACUCCCCAAAAGCCUGUUGUGCCAUAACCCCUUGUGGUAUGGAGGUGGUUUAGAAAGCUGUGACGAUACUAGCUUAACGUUAGUCACCUCCUGGUAUGAUGAUCACUCCAGACCGUUAAACAACUUUCGUUUCCUGAAAAGCUUUAUGUGUGAAGAGUGUGUCCUCUUUUUUUCAUAUUGCAAAAAGUGCAGAUUUCGAUAGAAUUUUAUAAUUUUAUAAAUCAACCUGGUUUCAAGCAGAAAGACAGUAAUGUUACUUCCUGGUUUGGUUAGCUCAAUAAAGCUAAACUCGCCAAACAGCAUGGGGAGCAGAGAAACUGUCACACCACAAAGCAUACACCCCCACCACCCAAGGCACUCACACAGGACCGGGAGGCAACGGCGGAGUCCCUCUAGCUUCCAUGAUCGGCGACGCCAAGGCCCCAUGGGACUUUCCAGUAUGUGCCCUGCAAGUGCCGACUACAGGAGUAGGCUGACUUUCACUGACUCUCACUGCCGCACUGCGGCCGGUACUGCUGUCAUGCCACCACAUCCAUGCAGUUAUAGAGGACUAUGUCUCGCAAUAUUUUCAAGCCUGACCUCCCUGAAACAGACUAACGUUAGCAAUGUUAUAACAUGUUUUUACAGCGUAGAAUAGCCCGAAUAUUAAUCGUAUGCCAUAUCCUUUCAUGUUGAACUAUGUCGCCCACCUAAUGCGACCUUAACUUGUGUUGAGUAACUUAUAAGUGAUAUGCUUAUCUAUACAGUCAAACUAGCCAGGUACCGGCAACACAGCGGAUUAGACUUCAGGGGCCUAUAUCAUAACCUAGCAUAUCUAGCAAUGCCCUCACUUUAUGUUUCCCACAGUUAACUUGCAAGCACUGUACUUGAUUAGCAUGCAUACUCUUCAUAUAAAGCGUAGAUUAAACUAGUAAAUUUAAAUGUAAUGCCUAACCAAUAUAAAUAUAUGUUCUGUUCAUGCAUCUAUAUACAAAAAUGUGCACUGCUCAAAUGCCAUAAAUGGAACAUCAAUACGAUAUGUCUAUGCUUACUAACGCUGUUGUGGCAGAGUAAGCUGUUUUGUCUAUCCAUGCACUCAAAAAUAAAGAAUUAAAAAAAAUUAAAAAAAAUAAAGCUAAACUCAAGAGGCAGCAACUGCUCAGAGCACCUGCCUUACAAUGACUUCUCAUUGAGCUGCAUUGGAAAGUCUGUGAUUGGACAGCAACAGAAAGUCUGGGCGGGGUUAGAAGAUGAACAGUGAUUUGUAUUUUUUUAUAGUUGGGUAGUGAAGUACCCCUUUACAGCUACAUUGUUGUUAAAAAAAUGCAAUACCUUUAAUAUAAGUACUUUUUUUUUGCCCCAUCAUAACAGCCCAGGUUUUUUUUGUCUUGUGUUCAGCCCACUAACAUGGUGGACUGGUGAUUAGAUGUUUGCCUGCAACUUGGAGUGCUAACAUGCACUUUAUUCAUUAUAUUCAGAUUUGGUUUUAAAAUGUAUUUACUUGCUGUUUCAGUUCAUUUUGUACAUCCUCCAAUGGCGUGUUCGUAAGUCUUUGUCCACAGCCAUUGGUUGUGUCUUCCAGUGUUUCCAAAAUCAUAUUGUGACUGCUGUCUCCUCUUGUUAAUGAAUUGAUUAUGCUGAAGAUCAUAUUCAGAUAGGUUGUAGGUAUAUCCCUGGACUACCGAUGAUACAGACUUUCCAGGAAUUUACAUAAAUCAGCCUAAUUAGCUAUGGGAGACCAAGCUGGGAGUGAUAGGAAUUGUUUCGAAGAUGAUUUGUGGUGUCAGAUCAGUCAAAAUUAAUUCUGAUGCUAGUGCCCUGAAAAUAUUUUAUAAAGUACUCUCACCGCUGUCACCGCAUGUCAGUAUUAGUACAAUGUCUAGUUAAAAAAAAUAACUAGAAUCUUGUACCUAAAUAAAAAAACACUUUUUAACGUGUGCAUUAAAUAUUGUUCUGUUCAUUUGCUGUUUUGAUACACUGUGGCAGCAUGUCCACGCAACACAGAGAUAAGGUUAAUUGCCUUCUGUGCAUUUUGCAUGUUUUAUUAAAAUCUGAUUAUACAGCGAUCCUUGGAUCUUUCAGUUGGUUGAGAUUUCUUCAAGGUCGGUGCGCACUAAGAAUAUUAAACAGUCAAUUUAGCUUGCAGUUUAUAUAAGUACUCUGCUUCAGUCCUUGUUACUCUACAGCAGACCACAUUUACAGGAGAUCCCAAAACACUUAAGGUUAAGCAUCACUGCUAUUCUAGAGUAAAAGAGGUUCCUGGUACAGAUAACUACUGGAAUACAGCUCCCAGCUUCCUCUGGCAGUCUUUUGGCUUAAAAGCUCCAGUGAUAACAUGUCACUCGUAAUAUUAGAGCUUAGUCCUCAUCUAGGCAAGGGCAUGUUUGUUAGUUAUGACCAUCCAUUCAAAACAAUAUAGAGGGUACCUGAGAUCCCAGAGUGAUAUUGCAAUGUAAAUAUUAGCAUUAUUAGAGAACUGGGCCUCUGUGUUUUAUAUUAGUUCACCCGACAUCGCUUGAGUAUUAUCUUUCCUUAAAAUACUAACUAAAAAUAUGUAAUAUUUGCAUUAGGUAUGUUUUGAGUUUAUUUAUGGCAGUUUGAAUGUUAUUCCAUUUACUUUUUAUUGCUUACUUAACAUUACAAUUCAUACCUAGGAGGCGACCCAAAUCUCCAUUCUUCUGCUCCAUAUUGAUGAGUUUUUCAGGGCAAGCCAGGACACCCCUCUAAUGCUAAGAGCAGGAUUCAUUAAGAUUCACGUUGAGAUGAGCCAUUGCACACCAUAAAAUAUAAAUCUGAAUUUGGCAGAGAUCUUGUUUGUUUUGCCAAUGUGCACGCCAUUGUACAAAGCCUCCUGUCUUUUUCCCAGGUCUGUGGCAGCCGGCACUGCCAAGCAGCACAGAUUUUAGAAGAUUUAAAUCCUAUAUGUUUCAGAUGAUUUAGCUAAACAUUUCACUUCUGUCCACUGGAAACAAGCAGGCUGAAGAUACACAGACAUUAAACAAUACAUAAAAAAGAAUUAGUCUGCACAGCACUGGUGGAACCACAGCCUAAAUAUUGAAAGAUUGGAUUUUUUGUCUGUCUAAUUUAUUUUCCAAGGAGGAUAAGCUAUAAAGCCAAGAUCUGUUUUACAGACCUCUAAUUUACAAGGCUUAUUGUAAAUGCUUCUAACAUUAGAUAGCAGAUACUAUGCCAUACAAUAACAUACUCUAACAUACCAUUGAGAAUGAGACCUGGUUAGUGAGAAGGGGUAGUUGUGACAAUUCCUUCAUCUAUUGUUUUAAAAGAAAUGUAAAGUUCGAAGUUAAUUAAGUGAUUCUGUUGGUAAUUAUAAGGAUUGUUCCUGUAUAUAGUUAAGACCCCAUGUUCUAGAUAUUUUCUUGAAGGUUCUCCAGACCUCUAUGGGAAAUAUUUAUGAAACUGUUCUGAAAAGUGGCAGUUAAAUUACAUCAAUAUAUUUUUAUUGUAUUUAUUAAAGUAAUCUAAAAAGUGACAUCUCUUUUCAUAGUAAAUCCCGAUAGUUUUUGCUGAAAUUUCCAUUUAAGAAGACUGACAAAUUUAUGACAGAAAAAUUCUGUCAACUUUCUUUUUUAAAAAGUGGCAAAUAUAUUUAUAAAUCUACCGUGUUAGCAAAACAAUGUUGCAUAUUCAAAAAUGAGAGGGAGCAAAAAAAGCAACAAACGUAAAAAUCGGAAACAUUUAAAGGGACAGUAAAGGGUCAGGAACACGAACAUGUAUUCCUGAUCCUGAGCCUCUAGUGUUAAAACCACCAUCCAGUCCCCCUGGCCACCUCUUGCCUCCUUAAAUAUAGUAAAAUCUUACUUGCAUUCAAAUCUGCAGUUACUGGCUCUGCCCCUAUCUGCCUCUAAAACUGCCUGCUGUCUGCUGACAUCAUCAGAAGUGGUGAUCUGAGCCAAUCACAAUGCUUUCCCAUAGGAUUGUUAAGGAGGCAGAUCAGGGGCAGAGCCAUCACAAGUCAAAUACAGCCCUGACCAGUCAGCAUCUCCUCAUAGAGAUGCAUUGAAUCAAUGAGUAAAGUUUAGUGUCUCUAUGCAGAGGGUGGAGACACUGAAUGACAGUGCUGCUCACUGUGCAGCCCUGCCCCAGGAAGCACUUCUAGCAACCAUCUGAGCAAUGGCCAGUGGAGUUAUUACUAGGCUGUAAUGUUAACACUGCAUUUUCUCUGAAAAGACAGUGUUUACAGUAAAAGGCUUGAGGGGAAAGAUUCUACUCAUCAGAACAAAUUCAAUUAGCUAUAGUUGUUCCGGUGACUAUAGUGUCCAUUUAAUUAAUUGUGCUUUGUUGAUAAUUACACAGGUAAGUGUCGCCAACACCUUAAUAAAUCACACCUAUGGCUCAAGUGGCAAAGCCCCAGGUGCAAUAUAAGAAAGGUAUUUCCUCUGCCCCGUUUAAGGUUUAGGACAUUGCACCUGUCACAGACCCUUUGUUUGUAUGGAACAAUCUUGUUGUGCAUUAGACCAGGGGUAGGCAACCUUUGGCACUCCAGAUGUUGUGGACUACAUCCCCCAUAAUGCUCUUACACCUAUAAUGCUGGCAAAACAUCAUGGGAGAUGUAGUCCAAAACAUCUGGAGUGCCGAAGGUUGCCUAUGCCUGCAUUAGACUAAAAAGGUGUUAAUUGACAUAAAGAUUAACACAGCACAAAUAGAUAUUGCAUAACACAGCUGCUGGUCCUGAUCAAUAAUAACCUGUAGGCACCUGUAGAUACACGUAAACAUAGAUGCACACUCACACACACAUAGAUACAUACUCACACAUACAUAGACACUUACAUACUUUGCAACUUGAUUAGGGUGCUGGACAGCCUAUAAGUGAUCAUUAGGGAGAGAGAGAAAAUCACCCUCAUCUGUUUGUGGUGUCUAAUGUUUGGGAAACAGGAAAGCUGUGCAUUGUUAGCACAGUCUUCCUUGCUGUUCCCAUUCAAUGCAUUGUACUAACAACCUGCCGUAGGUGUUGUGUUGUGAUGUGACCUCCUAUCCCAGCACUGGCUGCCUGUCUCUGUGUAAACAUGCAGUUGCAGUUAAUGACAUUAAAGGGACACUCCACUGCCAAAAUUCAAAAUAAAUAAAAAUCAGUGUUUAAUAUAUAUAUCCCAAAUUAACAUAUGCAUGCAUAUGGUUUCCUUACUGCUAAUUAAUUCAUGAUCUGUCAAUCUGCAGCACAUCUAUGCGUAUGUCUACGUAUGCUAUAGAUCACUGUAAUAAACACGUUGACAAGGAAAAUAUAGAACAAGUGCGAUUCAACACUCUGCAGCAACUAUCUUAACACUUCGUACAGCACAAAUGUGACCUAUUCCUAGCAUGUGUUACCAGCGUAAAUUAGAGCUUGUAAAUUCGUGCCAAAUGUUUAUCUCUCAUUGAAUGAUUCUGCCUACCACCAUGUGCAGUACUGUACAGUUCCAUACCGUGGUCUACAAAGGCUGAGUAGAAGGUUACAAUAAAGUACAGAGAAGUUCUUUAGGUAUUUAUUAAGUUAUGAUAAUUUCUGAUUUCAGAUACAUAACAGACCUUAAAAUUCUAGCAUGCGCAGGCCUUCCUAUGCCUUCAGCGCUUUCAUUGUAAUGUGUGAUAUGUUGCUACCUGAGCAAAUGGCAUAAACAAUAAGCGGUAACAUAAUCUCAUCCACGAAAUGACUAACAUCUGCUGCCUUUCACUUUUCUGCACAAUUUUACAAAUCCCAGAUUGUCAUUCAAGAACUUACAUUUUUGUUUUUAUUGUGAUAGCAGAGUCUUUCUCUCUUCAAACCUUGUAAAAUAACCUAUUGGACAGUACUGCACAAAUUGCUGCCACCUUACAAAUAAUAAAACAUCCCUGCCUGCUUGCUUGUAUUGUUUGGGUCCAAUUAUUGCACUUUAGAGGUGGCUAAAGGACCCAUAACAGUCUGAUUUGUUGAGCGUGAUUCAGGAUAGAGGGAUUUCAUCUGUGCUGCUGUCAAACUGGUGGUCACACAUGUGUAGCUAUUUAUUUUUUUAAAUGAAACAUGAUUUAAUAACUCUAUAUUAACGUGCAUUAAUGAACAGUAGCAAAAUUCCUGUAUCCUCUGUAUCCUUUAGUAUCGGCUGUUGAAUUUGUGGACCAAGGGAUUUUUUUCAGGUUGUGAGGCUUGCUGUUAUUAUGUUGUCAUGGAUCCUUUCUUCCUCUCUGGGCUUCCCAGGGAGACCUGACAUUUGUUGCUUUAUUCAUUUGUUUGUGUGUUGUCACUCUCUCUCUCACAGCACAUAAAGGUUUCGGUUAUUUGAUGCUAAGCAAAUUGUUUGAUGCUGGGCAGGUUAGUUAGGUAUCUUAGCUAUUCGUGCUGAAUACUACAACUUCUGGUUAUUUUAUUGUUAGUAGCUUUGGGUUUUAAUUUCAGGACAGCACUAAAUGCUCUUUGACAUUUACACUACCAAGAUUCUAAUAAUCCACUGUUUACCUAUCCUGGCAAUAGGCAACCAUACAGAGUCAUAAUUCUGUAAGCUCAUUACAUUAUAGGAGAAUAAUUUAAUUAAAAAAAUGUAAAUGUGUAGAUGCUAGUAUUGGUGUGUCAAACCAUUCAGAGAAAAGGCUGUGUUUACAUUACUGUCUAGAAACAACUCUAGUGGCAGUCACUCAGCCACUAGAGGUGUCUUCUGGGUCAGGGUUGCACAGUGUGCAGCACUGACGUUCAGCGUCCCCACGCUCUGCAUGGAGGUGCUGAACGCUCCUCAUAAAGAUGCAUUGAUUCAAUGCAUAUUUAUGAGGAGAUGCUGAUUGCGCAUGCGCAAUACCCUGUCAGUGCUUUCCUAUGGGAAAGAAUUGAAUUGCCUGAGAUUAUCAUUAAUUUGAUGAUCUCAACCAAGGAGGCUGAACGUGUCCAGCUGUGACAGACCCACGCAUGCUGGAAAAACGGUGACGUAAAUCACCUUUUUAACGCUGGUAAGAAAGGGCCUGGAGCUAAACGGCGCAUUUAGACCUCUAGUGUCAGGAAUAGAUGUUUGUAUUCCUGACACUAAACUGUUACUUCAAUAUUGGGUGCUGAAAGAGUAGGAGGCUUCUCAAAAAAUUGAGGAAGAGAAAGAGCCGUUCUGUGGUCAAUUGAUUCGAUAGGAAUAAGUGAGGUUUUUAGCUGGUAUUAUAGCACAUUAAUUAUAUCUGCACUGGAAAUUUAUCUUAGGGUAAAAAUAAUUAACCAACAAACAUUAAUAUUCAAUCAUGUCAAUGUUGACGUUAUACAGGAAAGGUCUCUAGGUAAGUGUCGGAGUGAGCAAACUUUGAUAGGAGACUUGUCACGGCGCAUGCUGCAGCUACUUCUACAUCAAAUUAUAGAUGGAGGAGACUCUAUAUGUUGAAUGACAGGAACAGGGCGGCUGGUCCCAGGUUUAAGAUCCAGACCUUGUGAAUCUGUUCUCAGCACAAGGAAACACGAUAACAAGCUUGUACUCCACGGACUAUCUUUUUAAAAGACAGGCUUUCAUCAGUAACAGUUAUUCUGGGAACUAGCAAGCCAUGUAGUCUGUCCCGUGUAGUUGACAGGUUAUGUAGGUUAAGUAGAGUAAUUUUUUGGGAAGCACAGCACAUAAGGAGUUGUAGGGAGUUUCUGUCCCACACAGCAUGUUACUAGCACAGAAAGUGGGCAAGCUGAACAGGGGGAUUAGUGUGGAUGGCUCCUUCUAUCUAUAUUGUGUGAAGUGCAGGUAAUACAUAGUGUAUAUAUAUUUUACUUUGAAAUUACAUUUUAAACAGUUCUCCUCAAGUUCUGAAAUUAAUUAUUUCGAUGUUAUAUUAGAAAUAAGUAAAAAUAAACACUGUUUUGUAUAUUAACCAUGCUUUUACUUUGUGUCUUUUUAAAGACAUUAUUAUAACUAUAUGGCUUAACUAAUCCAUUUAAUAAUCCAUAGAAUAUUUGGUUGGAAAAUGUUUUUUACUUUUAUCCAUAAUGAUAUUCAAAGAUAUCCACUCUCCCAAGGACCUCACACUUUCCUGAUGACCUUGCAAAAAAAAAACAACAAAAGAGCACGAGAACUCUGAGAGAGCCUAAAAGUUUAGAGAAACUCAAUAGCUUGCCCUUCGGUUAUUCCCCGCUCAGGUCUCAAACUAGUUUUUCUCACUUGUGCCAUUUUAGAGUGAACCUAUACCAUUUGCAGAUCAGGCUGAUCCCACCUACAAGGGCAGAUCUGAUGCAAAAUGCCAGCAAGUUCCCUCUGAGCAAGAGAUACACAACAAUCGUUUCAGCCUUCUCUGAGCCUCAUCAGCAAGGUGUAGCUGAUACCCCUCUAGGCACUGUGAGCAUGGGGUCUGGAUUAUUCUUUUAACUUAGGGAGAGCCAAGUUAAUGCAUUGCUACAAAAACCAAGGAUAUGAGAACUCUGAGACAAAAGUUUAGAAUGGCAGUACAGAUCCGAAGUGCCAGCAAGUUCCUUCUUCACGAGAGAUCACUUCGGAUCUGUACUGCCAUUGUGGUUUGAUCUGAACAUGCUCCUCAUACCUAAAAAAAAUGUGCUGUUAACACAUAUGCCAUGUUAUUGGUUACUUCGGAAUAUUUAUGAUGGCUUGUUCCUGCUAUUGUGGCAUUACAAGCAUUUUGUUAUUCUGAACACAGAAAAAUAAAGAUUGACAAAAAAAAUAUCAGGCUGGUAGAAAUAUGUACCACAAGUUACAAAAUAUGUAAAAAUAAAUCUUCAGAAUCUCUGUAGUGGUUAUGGUGCCAGAUGUGCCCUGGCAUCCCCAAUUAUAUGGAGUCAGACUGCUUUUGAAUGGUUUGAUUAUGCAGGAACAUAAAGGGACACUAUAGUCACCAGAACAACUACAGCUUAAUGUAGUUGUUCUCGUGAGUAUAAUCAUUAUAUGCAGGCAUUUUCAUGCAAACACUGCCUUUUCAGAGAAAAGGCAGUGUUUACAUUGCCCCUAGGGACACCUCCAAGUGGCCACUGGAGGUGCUUCCUGGCUCAGUGCAGCACUGCUGUUCAGAAUCCCCACGCUCUGCAUAGAGACACUGAAUUUUCCUCAUAGAGAUGCAUUGAUUCAGUGCAUCUCUAUAAGGAGGUGCUGAUUGGCCAAAACGGGAAAAAGUGGGAAAGCAUUGGAUUGGGUAAAAUCGGCAAUUCUGAUGAUGUCACCAAGGGGACAGGGACAAUGCCGGCGGACCUGCACGGCCCUGGAAAUAAGGUGCGUUUUUCAUGCUAUUAAGGAUUUGGCACUAUAGGGGCAGGAAUACAUGUUUGUGUUCCUGACCCUAUAGUGUUCCUUUAAUUUAGCUCUCCUGAGCUAAGCCCUGCAAUGCAGAACUUAGCUCAUUGGCUGAGAGCAUUCAGCUUACGUUCUCAUGCAAGGAGGUAAACUCUGCAUUGCAAGGAUUAGCUCAGGAGCGCUAAUUGAAAUUCCUGCUUAGGAAUUCUGACUCUAUUGUGCUGAUAGUGGUGACAGGGACCCGAAUCUGCAAAACCCAGGUAAGAAGUAAAACUGUUUUUAAAUGUGUGUCCGGGGGGGUCAAAGCACUCCUGGCACCAUAACCAGUACAGCGAGCUGUAGUGGUUAUGGUUCUUGGAUUGUUGUUUUAAAGCCUGCCUUUAUUUGUUCUUCUUAGAUGACAAAAAAAAUCUAAGGUAACAUAGGUCAACAGGCAGGAGCUAUACAGAGUUGGACACCAAUGCUUUGGGAGGCUAUAGUGCGUGACAAAACACUAUGCUGUGCCAAUCAGCAUCUCCUGAAUUGAAUCACUGCAGCUCUAUAGGGAAUGUAGGUGCUGCAUUGGACUAGGAAGCACCUCUAAUGGCCGUCUGAGUUAUUGACACUAGAGGUGUUACUAGCCAGCAAUGUAAACACAGUGCUAGGACUGCAGAGACUGGCUUAGGCCCCAGAACCCACGACAUUAAGCUGGUGACUAUAGUGUCCCCUCAAGUCGGUUUUUCUUUUGUUUCCCGUUAACCUUGCUAUAUGUCAGCUUAUGUAUUGUCCUUAUUACAUUAAUGCCAUUACACACAGUAAUAAGCUGACUCCCACGAAGAAAAUGUAAAAAUUCAAAUGCAGCAUUACACAAGCACAUGGAUCGAUAAAACUAUCAAUAUAAUGAUCCUAUGAGCUCUGCGGAGAAACGAGCAGUUGUACAGACAAAUUGAAUAUAUUAACUGAAGAACUAAAUGUACUGAAAUAAUUUAGAACAAUAGCAACUAUUGGCCAUUCUGCGUAUAUAGCCUACAUCCUGACAGAAAGCCAAAUGCUGUGCUUCUACACCCCAUCGUUUCCCCUUCCCUUUAUUUUCUGGAUUGUGAAGGUCAGAUAUUUGGUAAAUAGGCUAUGAAAGGUAAGUUAUUUUCCCCUGUAGUGAUGCAUAAAGAAAUUACUGCUUUAGAGUGUUUUUACUGUGUUAAAUUGUGUAUUGUAUAGUAAUAUCUGCUAUCUGAGCUGAUUAUAUUUUCAUAUUGGAUGGAUCUACUCUCUACACAUACCGUACUCUGUAUAUGGAGUUCCCUCUUUUAUGGGAAAGUAGUCAAAACUUUUAAGGUCUGCUGGGGGCACGCCGCCACCUCCUACAAGCAGUUUCCAUUAGCUCCACUGAGCUUGCCCUGCCAUGUAGUACUGGCUUAUUGCCUGAGAGUGUCAGCUGAGUGCUCUCAGCCAAUGAGUACCUUCCUGCACUGCAGGACAAAGCUAAAUGCAGAGCUUUCUGGCAAUAGGGGAGGUGGUGAUGGAUGCCCUCCGGAUCCCAGGUAAGUUGUCAAACUGUUCACAAACAUUUUGGCUACUUACCCUGGGAGUUUGUUAUGGCACUCCUGGCACCAUAAUCACUGCAACUGGCUGUAGGUAUAAUACUUUCUUCAAUAUUUGGAGCUAAAAUCAGGCUUUUUUUUUUUCUUUUUUUCUUAACUGUUUGGCAUCUAGAAAGGCAGACUCCCCUGUCUAAAAUUCUACAUUUCUUUAAAAUGUAGAAAUGUAAUUAAAAAUAAAUACCAGGAUAAAGUUUGCUAAAUAAUGAUGCUGCAUGUUACAGAUAUCCUAUAGUGCCAGGAAAACAAACCAGUUUUCCUGGCACUAUAGGCUCUUGGAGUGCCCACCUCCCUCUGUGCUGAAUGGGUUAAAACCCCUUCAGCCGCUUACCUUAAUCCAGCUCCCUCGGCGCUGGUGACCUCUCCUCCCGCGUCAACAUCAGCUCCCGAGUGGAGCCGAAUGCGCAUGCUUUCCUAUGGGGAUCUUAUUUGACGCUGGACUCCGUGAGGACGUCCAGCGUCAAAUAAGUGUGAUUUACUCAGUGUAAAUCACGGAAGCGCCUCUAGUGGCUGUCAGGGAGACAGCCACUAGAGGCUGGAUUAACCCUUCAAUGUAAACAUAGCAGUUUCUCUGAAAACAAAAUAAUGCAACGAGAAAGAAUAACCUGAUGAACUUAUGUGUAUUCUUGCUAGAAGAAGAGCUUGUUUUUUUAGAAUUUCAGACUAUUACUAGAAAGUAUGGACCCAUAGUGAGUUUUCCCGUCGUUAUUGAGUAAUUGUUUUGAAUGUUCUUUGAUUGCAGUUUACAAUUGCCUGCUGUUAAGCUUUGUAUGUUUUAUAUGGUCCAGCACAAUCCUAUUGUAUUUGUUUAAUUGCUAAAUGCUGUGCUUCUACACCCCAUCAUUUCCCCUUCCCUUUACUAUACUAUAGGCAAUUAUUAUUUCACUUUAGUUUAAUACAAUUCUAAUCAUUUCUAUACUAUACGCAUAAAUGGCCAUCUCAAUCAAACAUUAAAAUAAUUUAAAAAAAUAAAAUGAAUCUUAACUUUAUUAAGAAUAUGUGCUCAAGCCGUCCACUACCAAAAUCAUGUUUGUGUUACUUUUAUUUUAUGGCUUCAAAAUUGUAAAAAUAAUAUCAGGAAGUAUUACUUUACUGAGAGGUUAGUGGAUGCAUGGAAUAGCCUUCCAGCUGAAGUGGUAGAGGUUAACACAGUAAAGGAGUUUAAGCCUGCGUGGGAUAGGUAUAAGGCUAUCCUAACUAUAAGAUAAGGCCAGGGACUAAUGAAAGUAUUUAGAAAAUUGGGCAGACUAGAUGGGCCGAAUGGUUCUUAUCUGCCGUCACAUUCUAUGUUUCUAUGUUAAAGCAAUGCUUUAUAUGAUUUAGUUUAUACAAAGCCUUAAGGGACACUGUAAGCACCCAGACCACUUCAGCUCAUUGAAGAGGUCUGGGUGCAAUGUCCCAUGUCCCUUAACCCUUCAGUGGUAAUUAUUUGCAGUUUCUGAGUGUUAACUUCACUUUUAGUGUCCGUCUUCCAGAAACAGUACAGAACAUGAAUUGUCUUUAAGAUGACAUACAGUGUCUUGCAUACAUUUGUACACGGUGUAACAGUGCAUUGUAACUGUAUUGAUGUAGAUAGGCAUUUGCCUACAUGCAAUCUUGCAACAUUCUGUUGGCAUGCUGUACUUGCCUCCAGGUUCCUUACUAAUACAAAUAAAAAGAAUAUUCAACUAUUUUUAUCUGUUUUUUUCCUCACAUUUUCAAUGUGUUCUUAGACAGUCAGAUGCUGGAUGCAGAUCUAAAUUUGUGCUCACUGAACUGUGUGUCAAAUGUGUAUCCACACCAUCUAGUAUCACCAAAACAGUGCAGAUUGAUGGCCUCAUUUGCUAAGACUAUUUAAACCCUCUAUUCCAGCUAUAGUGUUCUUUUGAGGUUUCUACACCCGCAUGUGGGUUCUUGUUGAUUUCUUAUUUUAACUUGGCUUAUUUAUUUGAGGAUCCUAAUUUCUGUUAUCCUGACCUAGGUAGUUUACUUGUUUUGUUGUAUCUCCAUAUCCCUGUCCUUAUGGGUUUAGGCUUGUUACUGACUGUAGUUUUUCCUUUUCUUUGCCAGCAUUAAACCUGGUCACUCUAAGAACCAGUAAUAGGCCGUAAUCUUUAUCUAACGACUGUUUUUAGUUGUUAGAAUUAAAUCAAAGCCAAAGUUGGAGAACAGUAGAAGCCAUGUAAUUUGCAGCUACAUCUCCUCAGGGAAUUUGUGCAAAAUUAAAUAAAUAACAAACUGGAAACAGACAACGCACUGAAUUUCUAGAAAGCAGUCAGUAAACUAAUAGAAAGUGCUUAACAUAAUUUAAAGAAAAUGCAUUAACAAUGAUUUGGGGUUUGGAAUUGUGUUUAUGGACUACAGCGGAAAUUAGAAUGGGUUAAAACUAACCUUAUUUCCUUAUAGGAAAUCAUUGGAUUGGCUAAAAAUUGUAAGUUGUGAUGUCAGCAAAGAGGCGGAUCGGGGGUCUCCUUGGUGACAUCAUCAGAAUUUACGAUUUGUAGCCAAUCCAUCAGGUGGGAUGGGGGUGGGGACAAAUGCUGGUUUAACCAAUCAGCACCUACUCAUAGAGAUGCAUUGAAUCAAUACUGAGCGUGGAGGCGCUGAAAGGCAGUGCUGCCUUCUGUGCAGCACUGCCCCAGGAAGCACCUCCAGUGGCCAUCUGAGGAGUGGCCAGUGGAGGUAUCCAUAGGGGGCAAUGCAAACAUGAAAAUGCCUGAAGGUAAUGAUUAUAUUCACCUGAACAAAUACAUUAAGCUGUAGUUGUUCUGGUCUGGUGACUGUAGUGUCCCUUUAAUUUAUACCAAAAUAGCCAAGCAAGAAAACAGCUUCAAAGAAUUGAUUCAUCUCCAUUUCUUUACGAAUGUGAAGGCUUGGCCUGCAGUUGUGGGAGGGGCAUGUUAACCUAUUUAAACCCCUUCCUCACCUUCCUCAGUCCCGUUUCUGUUUUGACGUUUUGCUUGUCGGGUCGUCCUUCCUCUCCUUUCCGGCUCCUCGCUCCUAACAUGGGGUCUCCGUGCUUGCCGCUCAUGUCUCUGGUCUCGGGGUGUUGUCUCCGCUGGCGGCUCGGCUGCCGCUCCUCUCUCUCCGGCGUUUCUGGCUGUCAGCCCCCUCACUGCCGCCGGCGCUGUCACGAGUCUCGCGUCGCACUCACCGUCGGUCGCACGUCCAUGCGGCCACGCCAGCAUAUGUCGGGUGCAGCGUUUGGGGGAGGUAGGGGCUUAGACAUAGCUCGUCUGCCUAUGUGGGACCCUUCCAUCAAUAUCAGUGAGUAAGUUUUUGUGUAGUGGGAGUGUAAUUCUAGCGCUGUAAUUACCAGUUAUAAGGGAAGCUUGCCCCUUUUUUCUCCUGUGUUAGCAGUGUGUAUAUUUUAUUAAUUUAUUUUUUGCAUGGUCAGUUGUUCUGGUGCGAGCAUUCUCUAAUGUACACUGUAGUUUGUAUAAUAACAUAAUGUGUUGCCAGCCUGUAUGUGUUAUUAUUUGACUAGAUAUAUUUUAUAUUUUUAAACCUUAUCCUUUCUUGUUACACAAGAACUAGCUUUCAGUUUUCCAACAUUCCUCAGCUGGAAUCUUACUGUUUCCAAAAUAAUUUCAGGUUCUGGAUGCUUUCUAAGAUAACUCAUCCAUGCAGGGUCUGAUAAGACUGAUCCCUUUGUGGAACUCGAACUGUAAUUCCCAAAGAUAUAACUUUUUACCCCUUAUAUGCCAAACGUUGACAACGGAUAAAUUGCUGCAGCUUUUACCCUGCGUUCAUUGUUAAGUAUCCUCAUGGUCGCUGUGUUCAAACUACAGGCUGGGGGAACCGACAGUUAGACGUGAUGUAUAACACUCUCACGUGUUCCUUCCUCUGAAUUGUGGAACACUCACCCCUCACCCAUUGUUCACUCACUUUGUCGUUAGACUUGCCUGUCUGCUGGUGCACAGAGGGUUAGAACUUUUUGUUAAACAAGUUAUGUAAACUAUAACUUUGGUUCACAUAUUCUGCACACACGACAAUCUGUGCCCGUCAUGUGUGCACGGUCUACCACUCUCCUUUUCCAUUCUAAUUGGCUGGACUCCGUCGGGCUCUCGCUGCCCUCCAGUCGCGGUUGCCCCUACGCUUCUUUUUCAUUCCCCGCCCUCUCUUUUCUUUCGCUCAGUACGUCCCCUCUCUCACUCUUUGCCCUCCCCUCUUAUUUAGCUGUUGCUGGCUGUCAGGGUCCUAGGUGUCCACUAGCUGUAAUUCCCCUGGCUUCUUUGCCUAGGUUAGUGGUCCCGCGAGGCCGACACCCAUCCUCGCACUCUGAGGUACUACGCCCCUCGGGCCAACUCAUAGUUAGUCGCCUCGCACUAUUGCAUAGAGAGGGCCUCACCUGUCACUCCCACUCUAUCUUAUGUUUAACCGUCACCGAGAGGCCGACACCCCGCCACAACGUUCAGUGGCCACGAUAUCCCCUCGCGCCAACGCAUAGAUAGAGCCUCUCACGCCGCUUGGCAUCUAGCAGGGCCUCACCUGUCACCAAACCUAGUUUUAAUUGUUUCGCCAUUUGGCUUAGCUAGUAUGCCAGCACUCACACACACGCACACACUCGCACUGGGUCUCGUGAUCCUCAUGGGGUUUACACCACCACAGCUUCUGUUACCUACUGCCGAGCUUGCUUCUUUCAGCCUGUCCACCCGGACUCGGUCGGGCUUACUCUGCUUUCGGUUAUGGUCGGCACUGCGGUUUUCCUCGUUCACCCUCACAGGUUUCAAUACUUGUUUCAGCACAUCUGUCCUCUCACACUGCCUUCCCUCCCCUCUUAGUUAGCUGUGGCUGGCUAUAAGGGUCUUAGGUGUCCACUAGUUUGUAGUUCCCUCCCUGGCUUCUUCGCCUUAGUUUAGUGGUCCCGCGAGGCCAACACCCAUCCUCAUACUCGGAGGUACUACGCCCCUCGGGCCAAAUCAUAGUUAGUCGCCUCGCACUAUUGCAUAGAGAGGGCCUCACCUGUCACUCCCACUCUAUCUUAUGUUUAACCGUCACCGAGAGGCCGACACCCCGCCACAACGUUUCAGUGGCCACGAUUUCCCCUCGCGCCAACGCAUAGAUAGAGCCUCUCACGCCGCUUGGCAUCUAGCAGGGCCUCACCUGUCACCAAGCCUAGUUUUAAUUGUCUUUUUGGCAUUAGCUAGUAUGCCAGCCCGCACACAUACACUCUUUCUCGCUCACGCGCAUGUUGGGUCGCUUAUGCCUAUGGCCUCUCCCGCAGCCGCUUCCUUUCCCGGAUUUUCGGGGCUUGUCAUGGGUUGCCAGCUUUGUCAACUCGUGUUUUGCCUUUCUUUCACGUAUGGCUCUCAUUUUUCUAGCACUUGCAGCACCUGGGUUUUCGGUCCUUCUUCCCCUUCGAAGCUCCUGUCUCACGUAUCACGUGUACUGGCUUUGUUGAUAUGUUGUCCGCGAUUGACUUUCGCUUCUUUUGCCACCUCUUACUUACAUCAACUCUACCUAUCCGGUCUAUAACUUCACUUGUGGUACAGGUUUCUAGUCACACGCUUUUCCAUGUCGCCAUACCAGUUUAUUACCAUACUCUAGGUUUCAAGUUCUGUGAAUUUUCAAUCUCCGGUUUCCCAUCUACAUCCAAGUUUUAUAAUUACUAUCAGACCUAUCUUACACUUGUCAUCACGACCGGGCAUCAAUUUUCUAUGUAGGGCGAUAUCUGCUUGAUCCAAGGAUAAAUCCGACUGCCAUUCUGGGGUCAAGAAGGAAUUUUUCCCUAGCUUGAUGCAAAUUGGAAAGCGCAUCAAACUGGGUUUUUCGCCUUCUUUUGGAUCAACAGUUUAAUCACAGAUGUGAGGUAGGCCGGAAUUGGGGGUCGCUAGUCUUUUCAGCUAGGUUACUAGGUAGUUUAGUUGUCAAGCCGGUGUACAGUUUCUCGUGGACACACAUAUCUCCCACAGUCACCACGUUUACUUAUUUAUUUUGCAGCCCUGUCUCAAGAAAUCUCACCUAUUUUAUGCGGUCUAUUGUUUACCGUCUCUACCCCACUCCCAGUUUACGCUAGAUGGCCAACAUGUUUUCCUUCCUUCCCCAUGCACAAGUUAGAGGGCCGUUGAAAGCGCCGGGCACCUCAUUACUCACUCAGCUGUUACCUUUCAGAUAGGUUAUUUUAGGUUGUUGAUUGCUUUUAUACAGAUUUCCUUUUUGCCCUCUUUUAUUCCAGGCCUACCACGACGUCGGUUCCGGCACACCACAACCGACUUAUUCCCCUCCCCUUUUUAUUUCCUUUACGGCCUUAUUUGCCCCUCACACAAUUACAUGUUUAGUGCACAUCUCACAAUACGUGUUUUCUACAUGUGUGGUAGGGAUGUAUAACUCAGAUUGUGUGUUCACUAAACAGUGAACUAAGAAACAGAUAGUUAAACUUACACAAAAGAAGCCAAAUUAAUUUUUUUUCAAAUCUAGCAAGCAUGAGAUUUAGCUAAUAUACUCCUGGGAUUUCUUAUAUACUGCAAUGCUCUGCGAGUUUCUACUGUGCCAGAGGGAAUUUCUGUACCUGCCUAUUCAGAAGUUAACAGCAUUGAGCCAUAAAAAUGGUUAAGAAACGCUGAUGAGAUUUGUAAUUAUUGCAGAUAUAAUUACCAGACUUAUGUUUAUUUUUAUCUCUGUGUUUAAUGUAUUUUACAAAUUUGGAACCUUGGCAUGCUGCAACUCCUUUUUUUCUGCAGGAGAUUCGUCUUGUCUUUUUAUAAUCUCAACGUGAAGGGAAUCCUGUGACAUAUGAUCGUGUACUGUUAAAGAUCAUUUAUUGACAUCUUGAGAUUUGUAGAAAAAAGUUUUUAGGUUUUUUUUUACAGUCUCAGCCUUGUCUUACUGCUUUCACAUGCAAGCAUUGCAUUCUAUAUAAUGAUAUUUGCUGGGCAGAUGGUCAAUAACUGACUUCCCCAUACCCAGAGACUGUCAGUAACACUGCCUGUUGCAUAAUAACAUUGGGAGACAGUGGGAGCUGAGAUAUGGGGUUAUAUCAUAGCUGCUUGUUUAAGGUGCAGCUGCAGACCAAUGGGUUUAGGAGCAAAGCAUGUGCUAUUGGUUCACAGCCCUCCAGUUCUCCCAUCACUAUGGACACAGUGAUCCAGUCUCUCUCCUUUCCAUCACCGAGAAAGGUAAAAAAGGAGGGAGGAUAAUAUUUCCAAACUAAGAGUGUCUAUGAGAGUGAUUUAUCAAAAAGGAGAAACACUAUGUAAACCAGUGGAAACAGCAGGAAGAUUCAAUUGGCACCUCCUCCCCUUUUACAUUUUUGCAGUACUUUUUGCAUAGUUACAUAGCUGAAAAGAGACGCAUCAUCAAGUUCAGCCUUUCUCACAUCAAUUUUUGCUGUUGAUCCAAAAGAAGGCAAAAAGCCAAGUUUGAAGCGUUUUCCUAUUUUACAAACUUGGAAAAAAUUCCCUCUUCUCCCCACAAAGGCAGUCAGAUCAAGAAGUUGUUACCCCACAUAUUAAAAAUAUAUCCCUAAAUAUGAUGUUUUUGCAAAUAUUCAUCCAGUUGCUUUUAAACAUCUGUACAGACUCUGAUAAAACCACCUCUUCAGGCAGAGAAUUACACAUCCUUAUUGUUCUUAUAAUAAAAAACCCUUUCCUUUGCCUUAGAGGCUUAGACUAUAGUAAAAAAAACCAUUCCUUUUAUUAAUUUUGUAGCCAGCCUCUGCACUUUUCUAAUGCCAUAAUAUCGUUCUUUAGAACAAGUGCCCAAAAUCGCACAGCAUAUUCAAGGUGUCAUGGCAGCUGGCAGUCUCUUACCUGCCCAGGGUGUCCUUCACCUCCAGGGCUCCUGCAGCCUUCUCUGGUCCAUCCACUGAUGGGCGACCCAGGGCGGCUACUUCUUCCCAGGAUCAUGGCCACCUGGCAGGAAAGUGGGCUGGUGGGGCCACGAACAUGGUGGGUGGACCUUAGGGCAGAGUUAGAACAAUGAUGCAUUCCUUGGUCAUGUUUAUAGGGUCAUGUGACUAUGACUGCAGGGAGGAGAGGCCAAUGAUGUCACAGUUCAUCCAUUUAAAUUCCGCUCUCUCCCUCCUGUCAUUGCUCAGUUGUUUUGUAGCCUAGUCUCAGAUACCUGUGCUUAUCUUGUGUCUAUUAGAGCGUUUGUGUGAUUUACAAGUCACCAGGAAUUAGGUCCCCUAUCGGCUCACGUCGGCAGCUGGAAUCAGGUAAGUGUUUGAAGGGGUUUUUAACCCUUAACUUGCCACUGGUAGGGGGCGAGGGAUUGAGGUGCAGAUGGACCCUUUAGUGUUAGGGAAUGUGUGUAUUCCUGACAAUAUAGUGUUCCUUUAAGUUAACUACCCAGUCAUGUGUCUCAUCCCACCAUGUUUCUGUUAUGCCUGUUAUGACAUAUUGCUUAGUGUAGUCUAUUGCCUCUAGUUCCUCCAUUUUGUUAUUUAGGCUGAUUGCCGCCAGCCUGUUGUUAAUGCACAUGCCCUGCAAACACAAGGACAAUGUCCUUUAAAAGUGCUCUUUGUAUGUGCUGCCCCUUUGUGGGUCUGGCCCACUUCUCUGGGCAGCUCCACCCCCUUUGCAGUUAGGACAGUCCAUUAUAGGCAUCGUGAGUGAUACAAGUGGCAAACCCAGGGCCGGAUUAAGAGCACAGUGGGCCUGGUGCUGACAAUUAUGAUGGGCCUAAUUACGGAAUCUUAUCGACCAAAAACACUAAAACAGUCAUACCUCCCAAGCGUCAUGUAUCUGAUGGAGAUGGUGCUGGAGGGAAACUCAUAGGAUGCAGCUAUAAGAAAACACAUACUCUAUGCUAAUUUCUCUCUAAUUUAUGCUUUCAUCUUUCAAGUAAAUCCAUAACCCCUAACAGCAGUGUUCAGUGAAGAAGGAAGUCAAUGGGCGAGGUAAAAGGGUGUGCCACUGGAGUGAAUCACGUGACAAGACCUGCCAAAAGGGAUGAACAUGCCCAAAAAGGGGGCAUGUUUGUCCAAAGAAUUGGAAGGUCAGCCUGGCAUGAAUGCAUGUCAGGCUGCCUGCCAAUCCUGCAGGCUGUCCAACUAAGGGCAUACAAUGCAGGCAGCACCUUGAGCUUGACAUAAAUGCGUCUAAUGAUGCGCUCACUCCAUUCUUUCUAAGGACUGUCCCCUAGCACUCGCUGGUCCACUUGUCUCCUUACCUUCUUACUAGCAGGCAGAACUUCCUGGUAUAGUCUGAGACAGAGAAAAGGUGUCUGUAGUGAGUGUAGAAGAAAGGGGACAUGCCACAGUGUUAGAGAGACCAACGUCUGCAUUACCUAAACUAACUUUAAUGUCAGCCAGUGCACACAAGUUUUGUUCCCAUACAUCCCUCUUGAGCUUCCAAACUUAAAGGGACACUAUAGUCACCAGAACAACUACAGUUUAUUGUAUUUGUUCUGGUAAGUAGAAUCAUUCCAUUCAGGCUUUUUGCAGUAAACACUGUCUUUUCAGAGAAAAUAACUCCACUGGCCGCUCCUUAGAUGGCUGCUAGAGGUGCUUCCUCGGGCAGUACUGCCUAGUGUGCAGCACUGCCAUUCAGUGUCUCCACCCUCUGCAUGCAGACACUGAACUUUCCUCAUAGAGAUGCACUGAUUCAAUUUAUCUUUAUGAGGAGAUGCUGAUUGGCCAGGGCUAUGUUGGACUUGUGCUGGUUCUGCCCCUGAUCUGCCUAGUUGACAGUCUCAGCCAAUCCUAUGGGGAAGUAUUGUAAUUUGCUCAGACCACCACUUCUGAGCCAGCAGCUGCAGAAUUGAAUACAAGUAAUAUUUUACUAUAUUUAGGGAGGCAAGAAGGGGCCAGGGUGGUGGUUUUAACAUAAUAGGGUAAGAAAUACAUGAUUGUGUUCCUGACACUAUAGUGCUCCUUUAAGCAAGAGUAUGUGAAGAGUAGUUAAGGUUGCCACCUUUCUUGGAAAAAAAUACCAGCCUUAAUCAUUUGCAUAAUUAAUUAGUUAUGCGUGUAAAUCACAAGGAGUGACAUCAGAGAAAAUUCUGUAAAAUCACCAACAAACUACUCACAGUUUGAUUCUGCUGUAUAGAUGGAUUGCUCCCAGUGUCUCACUGUCUCCCAGUGUCUCAGUCUCGCAAGUCACCCUGUGUCUCAGUGUCCCUAUGUAUCACAGUGUCAGUGUCCCCAUCUCGCCCAGUCCCCUAGUCUCCCAGUGUCCCCUAGUCCUGCCCAGUCCCUAGUCUCCCAGUGUCUCCCCAUUUCUCCCAGUGUCCCAAUGUCUCAGUGUGUCCCCAUGUCACUAGGAUACUGGGGACACUGAGAGACAUGGGGACACUGAGAGACCCGGGGACACAGAGACAUGGGGACACUGGGAGACAUGGGGACACUGGGACAUUUAGGGAAACUGGGAGAAAUGGGGACACAGACACUAGGGACACAGACACUGGAAGACAUGGGGACACUGAAACAUUUGGGGACACUAAGACACUAGGGACACAGACAUUGGGAGACUAGGGGACACUGGCUGGGAGACAGACACUUGGGGACACUGGGAGACAUGGGGACAGUUGUAGACAUAGACAUGUGGACACUGGGACAUAUAGGGACACUGGGAGACAUGGGGACACCAGGCACACUGAGACACUAAGAACACAGACACUGGGAGACAUGGAGACACAAACAUUUGGGGACACUAAGACACUAGGGACACAGACACUGGGAGACUAGGGGACACUGGGAGAUUAGGGGAUACUGGGAGACUAGGGGACACUGGCUGGGAGACAGACACUUGGGGAGACAUGGGGACAGUUGUGGACAUAGACAUGGGGACAGUGGGACACAUGGGGGCACUAGGAACACUGAGAGACAUGGGACACAGACACUGGGAGACUUGGGGACACUGAGACCCUAGGGACACUGGCUGGGGGACAUAGUGUCUCCGUGUCCCAAUGUCUCCAAAUGUCCCUAUGUCUCACAGCGUCCCCAUGUGUCUCAGCAUCCCCAUGUGUCCCCUAGUGUCUCAGUGUCCUCAUGUUUUCCAGUGUCCCCAAGUGUCUGUGUCCCCAUGUGUCCUAGUGUCUCAGUGUCCCCUAGUGUCUGUGUUCCCAUGUGUCCCCUAGUGUCUGUGUGUCCCCAAGUGUCUCAGUGUCCCCAUGUUUUCCAGUGUCCCCAAGUGUCUCAGUGUUCCCAGGUCUCCCAGUGUCUGUGUCCUAGUGUCUCAGUGUCCCCUAGUGUAUGUGUCAUGUGUCCCCUAGUGUCUGUGUCCCCUAGUGUCUCAGUGUGUCCCCUAGUGUCUCAGUCUCCCCAUAUGUCCCCUAGUGUCUCAGUGUCCCCAUGUGUCCCUGCUGCCUUUCCCCCCAUCCCUCACUUACCUGAGCUGUAGAGUUGCUGUAUGGACUCUCUGUGCUGUGUAGUUGCUCCCCCACGGAUCAGUGAGUAGUAGAGAGAGGCAGGGAUAUUCUGUAACUUCCUAUCCCUGCCUUUCUCCACACACAGUGACCCCUACUGGCCGGUGCUGGUAUUGCAGAGUAAUUUCCAUUUAUUCUGAUUAAAUUACCUGCAUUUGUAUUGCCGGUAUUACUGCAAUACUGGCACGACCAGGCAGCCUCAAAUACCAUCUGUGACAUUAAAAUACCAGUCAGGUGGCAAACCUAAGAGUAGUGUGUAAAAAAAAAAAAAAAAAAAAAUGUUUUUAUUUUUUUUUAAAUGGGCCUAUUCCAUGGGCCUGGAGCUGCAGCUCCAUCAGCCCCUAUGUUAAUCCGGCCCUGGGCAAACCCCACCCUGAUUUUAUACCUUACAAGUGCCUACCAGGGAUUUAUUUCUAUAAAGCAAAUGUUAUUCAAUCAUAAUUUUCUCCGUCAAGCCUAAAAUGUCUCUUUUUUUAGAUUUGCUUUUAAAUCAUCAAACUAUAUGCAAAAAAUAAAAACUGUUUGUUCCAAUGAUAACCUGGCGUAUAAUAAAAUUAUGCAAGUUUUGUGAUCUUAUGCUUAAUAUUGAAUUGAUCCAUAUUUAUGGAAAAGAUCAGAUAGGGACCUACAUGGGUGCUAGUGGGAGACAUUGCUACUGCAUUUGGCACACCCUGCACCCCUGUGCACACUCCUUUGGUUUGCUCUGUGUCUUUGGGUACCUGAUCUCUCCACUACCAUGCCUGAGAACAUGCCGUGUCACAUGCUGGGCAUGGAAUAUAUGUUUCUAUGUGUUUUUAUAGAUUUUGAUUUUACCACUGCCCAGCAACUUAUGUAUCAUUAUCCUUCUCUACUGUAGAGAAAUGUUACUCUAAGAAAUUUAUGUCACUUACAAUUGAAUAAAUCUCCAUCAAAAUUCCAAAAAUAAAAAAAUGAAUUACUUCAACCUUCUCUCCUGUUUAUUGGUAGAGACCCAGCCAAGCUUUUGCAAAAAAACAUGUAUCUGGCAUCACAAGACUUGCUCUUUUUUGUCAGGUCCAUCAUAUGAGGUAAGCAAGGGUGGGCAUGUCUUUGAUGCCGUCAGACAGACAAUGUAUAAAAAGUGGGAGUGAGGAUUAAAUCACACAGGGUCCUAGGCAUGCUACUGGGUUGGGGCUCCCUCCUUCAUUCUUUACACAGGGAUAGUAAAUUCAUGCAAAUUACUGGUUCUGGGAAUUCUCUCUAACCUCUGGGCCCUGGGAUAAUCCUAUUCUGAAAGCAGGUCAAACCAAAUGACAGGCUGCCCUAUAGAACAGCCAAUAAGAGCUGCCCAUACACAGAGCAUUCUGUUAUAGAAUGUCCUAACUCCACCAGUGAGGUUAAAUAGGUGCUUGUGGUGUACGUUCCCUCAGUCCUUGAAACAAGGAAUGAUAAUGCCUAGCUGUCAUGAGAUCGGAAGAAAUUAGGGAAAAUAAUGAGUCACACAGGGAGACUGUGUGGCAUGGUAGGCAUGUAUCAUGUACAGUAAGCAAAGCCGCAAAGUUGGUAAACCCAAACCUAUAUUAUUAGAUUCUACUGAUCUUCUACGGCACCCUGCUCAAAGAACUGCCAUAGACUAUGAGUAAUCUAUCAGUUUGUGUAAUAAUUUAUCAACAGUCAGGAACACAAAUGAUUUAAUUGUUUAAAAUAUUGUACUUUUGACUUUCUGUGUUACUCAAUAAAAUGUGAAUUGACUUGAAUUCAAAGUGAAUUAAAAAAAAUGUAGGACUAAAAUAGCUGCAAUGGAAAAAUUCAAGUCAGUUUAAAUAUUUUCACAUAAAAUGUAAUAUUCCCUUUGAAUUCAUUUAUGUGAAUUACCAGUUAUCUUGAUACUUUAGUGACUGCUUUCUUAUUUUUGUUUUUAGGGAAUUUGCUCACUUUGCCAACAUGACUGAAGCACAGGACUCGUCUUUCCUUCUUGUGAAGAUUCUAGAAGACUUGGACUCCAAGCAAAACUCGGUAUCUUAUCAAGAACUUUGCAAGUCUUUAUGCUCACGCUAUGAUCUACCCGAACUUGCCAAGCUGCGUAGCCUCCUGUAUUAUACAGCUUGCCAGGAUCCUAGUUUCCCUUCAAGCCUUUUCAGAGAUAAGAUGAGAAAUGCUGCGGAGAACCAGCAGUCUAAAAAAAUAAUUGCAGCUGCAGAUAUAGUCACUAUAUUUAACCUAAUACAGAUGAAUGAUGGAGUUGCCAAAGAAAAACUUCCAAUGCAACAGCAAUCUAAGCAGAAGGAGUCAGAGUCAGAUACAGAUGUUUAUAGUGGGACAGAUAUGGCUCCACACAAGGAAACACAGAAGAGAGAUACUGGAAGGACUUAUUCCAUAACUAGGUCCUCCAGCUGCCACAAAGAAGAGUGCGAAGGUCGGCAUACUUUUCUCCCUGAACCAAACUUUCUUCUUGGAGUUAAACAGGAAGGAACUGUCCGAGCUGGUUCGUUAGACAGAUUGCAAGCACUAGAUUCGUAUCCUAUGGUAGCACCUCAGUCUUGUGAAAUGCAAAGUACUUAUUUCCCCAGUCAGCCAAUGUCUGAGACAGAAUCAUUGCCACCCACUCCUAACGAAGUACCAUUUCGCCUUUCAGCUUCCACAGGGCAGAGGAGGAACGUUUUCAAAGAUGAUUUUCACAGUGUUCUGAGAGUUUCCCCAGAUGUGACCCUGAAAAAGAAUGAAGGUAAAAUCAGCCCGAAAACAGUUUUCUUUAAUCACAGUUUUGAGAUGCCCUACAGCUCACAUUAUCUGAACACUGCUUACUCUUCUUCGGAGGACUUUAGAAGAGCAAAGCAUGAAAGCUUAGAUGAUCUUCAGGCUUCCACAUAUUUUGGGCCAACCACUGGGCUUGGAUCUCAAGAUCAGAAAAGGUUUACCAGCAAACAGAAGCAAAACUUAACCAAACCAGUGAAAAGCUGGAGCCUGAAUACUGAAGAGGUACCUGAUUUUGAACGCUCAUUUUUUAACAGAAAGGAGGAAAACCUAUGUUAUCCGAGCACUGGAUUAGUACAGACUGCAAACUUUGUAUCAGUCCCUGAGAGGCACCAUUCUUAUUUACCUGAUAUGGCAAUAAAGUCUAAUGGUAAUAAAUUUUGUGAGCCUCAAGACGUAGAGAAGCAAGAGGCGAUGAGGAGAUUCAGAGACAAGAACACAAAAAUUGCUUCCUGCCAAUUCAGCAUUGAAAAAACAGAAAGUGUUGGCACUCAAACUGAGCAAAAAGAGACGAAAAAGGGAAAAGAGUCAAAUACUCCUUCUGGAUGCAGCCGUUUUGUAGAAGGAAGGGCUCGCAAUCAGUCUGAGGCAGACUCUGAAAUCAUUAGUGACGAUAUAAGUGAUAUAUUUCGUUUCUUAGAUGACAUGAGCCUUUGUGGUUCCUCCGGAAUCCCUCAAUCAUCUUGCUACAACAGCAGUGGUUCUUUGGUGCAAACUCCCCGAGCAGAUCUUGAAAGCUCUCCAGAGCAUGGAGCAAAUAGAACAAUUAGCAAACCUACCAAAGGCCCACGGACAGAGACUGGAGAGGAAGAGGAGCUUAAAAGCAGCGUUCGGAAAUUAGUUCGGAGAAUAGGAGAAAUUGAGCGGAAACUGGAAUCACUGUCUGGUGUACGUGAAGAAGUGUCUCAGGUGUUGGCUAAACUGAAUAAGCUUGAUGAGAGAAUACAGUCACCCCCAGAGAAAGGGAAGUUGGAAAUUGAAGGACAGGCUCAUAGCAGCGAUGCUGGUUCCAGCGCAAGAGUAUCCCCCAAUCCGUUUCCUGACCAAAACACAUCACACGGUGGUAAUGUGGAUAGUAAGCCAGAGUGCUGUUGUUCUGAUGUAAAUAAUAGUAUCAGUGAAAGCCUUCGAGUCAAAGCAUUGAAGAAGAAUCUUUUUACUCAGAGAUCAGUGCGUUCAUUGACAGAGGAUAUAACAAUAAAUGACUCUAAAAUUAGUAAUUCACCCCAUGAAGGUAGGCCAUGGGGAUUCUCCAAGCAGGCUAGUAUAACUGAAGAAGAAAAAAAAGAUAAAGGAGGAUCAAACUGCAGAGAUUGGCACCGCAAGUCUAAAGAGGUAAUUAUGAAAAUAAAAUCAAUGUUUAAAUAUACAUUGAGAAAUGGAACUCAGAACAGAUACACAGGUGCAGACAAGGCCAUGCUUAGCAGAAUCACUAUCACCACAUUUACACAUAUGAAGGGAAAACUUACUACAUUUCUGAUUUAAUUCUCUUUAUGAACAAAUAAUGUAACCCACCUACAAUAUACUGAAAAGUAGAUGAUCGCAUUUGUCUAUAAAGGCAGUGUCAUAGUACUAUAAGUAACUACUUAGCUACAACUGCUACACUAAAGCACAUAAAUACUAUGAGAGACACAUUUACAGUCAGACAAAUUCAUCUUAAAAAAACACAGGCUCAUACUGGCUGACAGACCGUGACACAAAGACAUACUCACACAAAGUGACAGACAGGCUCACACAGACUGAGACUCUCUCAAAUACUGAGACAGACGCAGGGUAUCAAAUCCGCCUGCACAUUUAAAGGAAUACCCCGGCCACCAUAACAACCUAAUCAAAAUAAACUUAUUAUGGUGCCAGGACGACAACGGGUGCUUUCUUAUCUUAUUCUCAAACUGUUUAUCAAUAGCUCCCCAUUCAUUAAAAAGGUACCCUUUUUUUUUUUAUGAAUGAGGAACUACUGAUUAGUUUAGAGCAGAGGUAGUCAACCUUUUAAUACCUACCGCCCACGUUUGAAGGAUGAGUAAAGAGACCACAUGGAGGGAAGGGGGGGAGGAUGAGUAAAGAGACCACAGAGAGGGAAGGGGGGGGGAAAUGAGUAAAAGACCAUAGGGAAAGAAGGGGAGUAAAGAGACCACAGGGAGGGAAGGUUGGGAGGGGAGUAAAGAGACCACAUGGAGGGAAGGGGAGGGGAGGGACCAAAGAGACCACAGGAAGGGAAAAGGGAGGGGGUAAAAGAGACCACAGGGGAGGGGAGGGAGGGAGAGGGAGUAAAGAGACCACAGUGAGGGAAGGGGAGAGUAAAGAGAGCAUAGGGAGGGGGGGAGGGAGUAAAGAGACCACAGGGAGGAGGGGUGAGUAAAGAUACCACAGAGAGGGGAGUAAGGAGAACACUGGGAGGGGGGUGAGAAGAGACUGCUGGGGGGGUAGAGGAGAGACCACUAAGGGGCAGGGGAGAGCUCUAAGGGACGGAAGGGAGAGCUCUAUAGGACAGGGGGCGGGACAGGGAGCUCUUUCACACUACGCGCACACACACACAAUGCAUCCCUAUACAUACACAGAAACACACAAUGCAUACCUACACACACAUACAAACACACUCUGCUUCUCUUACAUACACACAGAGACACAAUGUAUACCUACACACACAUGCAAACACACACUGCUUCUCUUACAUACACACAGAAACACAAUGCAUCUUACACUCAAUGCACCCCUUACAGACACACACACUGCGUCACUUACAUACACAGAAACACACCUUGCAUCCCUUAUGCAUACAAACACAGAUUCACACAAUGCAUCAUUACAUACAACCAGAAACACACAAUACAUCCCUUAUACACAAACACACACUGCUUUCUACACCUUACACAAAAACACACUGUUUCCAUUAAACACAAACAUACUGCAUCACCUACACAAACACAAACACUACAUUCCAGAAGCACACACAUUAGAUCCUCUACAAUAACACAUAACACAUCCCCUACACACUCUACUCCCUGUGAGCGAACUCAUGGGUGGAACAUGUAGGUGGACUUAUGUGUGGGCCUUAUAGGCAUACUCACCGUCAGGCCCUGGGGCCCAGACCUUGAGCUAUGUAAGGGGCCCCAAAAAAAUGGAGCUGCUUCCUGUUCUCCCAGAACAUUGAUUUUUGUGACCACAGUUACAAACCGCCUCCAGAGAUCCUGUUCUACACCAGACCAGUGGAGCCAGACUGCAGCUAGAGCCCAUCACCAUCCUCAUCUGGUUGUAAGUAGGCAAUCUAGCAUAUUAUUAGUGACACUAAUUUCUAAUUUACCUUACAUUAAAGGGACACUAAUAAAGUGGUUCUGGUGUCUAUAGCCUGUCCCUGCAGGAUUUUUAAUGUAAAAACACACACUGUGUGCAGCACUGGUGUUAGUUCCUAUGGCAGAGCAUAUGGGUGGGGCAUGGUGAUGUCACCUGGGGGGGGGCAACUUUUUUUGCCUAGGGCGGCAAAAAUCCUUGCACCGGCCCUGAGUGUGUGUGUAUGAGGGGUGUAGUAUUUGUGAGGGGGCAGUCUGUGUGUGUGAGGAGGGCAGUGUAUGUGAGUGUGUGUGAGGGGGUAGUGUGUGUUUGUGUGUGAAGGGUGCAUAGGGUCCAUGCUUUGUGUAGGUUGGUGAGAUGGGAAAAUCUUAAUAUCCCCCCUCCCUUAUUCUUACCUUUUACCAGGGAGGGGGGACAUAAUGCUGCAAGCCCUCGUGGUCCAGUGGUGGCAUGUUCACUUUAGGUCGCAGCUCCUCUGGCUGCAGGCCUGACUCUCCUGUCCUCCUUCGAGCACAGCAUUGUAUGGCAACACUUCGACCAGCCCGCUCGCGGGAGGAACACAGAGCCUCCCAGGACCUUCCCUCCCUCUGCUCAUACUAAGUGCCAGCGGGACGGUGAGGGAGAUGUUUGAUCUCCUCAGCAGCCUGAGAGGGCUUACAGCAAGGCUGGCUCUGCAUGAAAUGAUCUCCCCUGCCAGCCUCGGCCCACAGCCAUUGAGGCCCACUGGGAAUUUUCUGCAGAACCCACCACUGCCCACCUGAAAUCCCAAACUGCCCACUAGUGGGCGGUAGGGACCAGGUUGACUACACCUGGUUUAGAGAGUAAACUGUAUAAGGAAUUCAGUUAUGCUAGAUACAAACUGAUGAGUCAAAUACAUAGGUUGCAGCAGCAGAACAUCAUACCACCCAAUUGUCCCAGUUUAGGAGUAACAGUCCCUAUUUUGAACCAAAAUCCAUCUGUCUCUCUUUUUAUCCUAAUGUCCCUCUUUUCUAAGAGCUCCACAUUGUUGGUGUCUAAGUGUACAAUAGAGCAAUAAUGCUCAUAGUCUUGUGUAUUUAAACUACCAUAAAUGUAUUUAGAAAUCAGCCUGUGAAUAAGGUACAUUGUUCUUGUUCUAAAUUACAUUUUAGUUGUAUAAAUUAUUAUUAGUGUCACCUAAAUUUCUCAGAACAGCCGCACCUCUGGCUAUACCCCAAUUUACACCCCUAAAAUAAAAGUGUCACAUUUGUGAAGUUGAAAUGUUGGGGGGUAUGCAACAUUUUUGCCAAAUACACAGCUUUGAAUGUCACUGUAAGCAUGAUUUACACUAAAAAAAAAAACCUCUUCUUCACAUUGUCUCCAACUUUACAUUAUUUUAAACCCCUUUUUGUUAUACUACCUUAAAGGACCACUAUAGUGACAGGAAAACAUACUCGUUUUCCUGGCACUAUAGUGCCCUGAGGGUGCCCCCACCCUCAGUGUCCCCCUCCCGCCCGGCUCUGGAAGGGGGAAAGGGGUAAAAACUUACCUUUUUCCAGCGCUGGGCGGGGAGCUCUCCUCCUCCGAUCCUCCUCCGUUCCUCCCAUUCGGCUGAAUGCGCACGCGCGGCAAGAGCUGCGCGCGCAUUCAGCCGGUUGCAUAGGAAAGCAUUUGCAAUGCUUUCCUAUGGACGCUUGCGUGCUCUCACUGUGAUUUUCACAGUGAGAAUCAUGCAAGCGCCUCUAGCGGCUGUCAAUGAGACAGCCGCUAGAGGAAUUGGGGGAAGGCUUAACCCAUUCAUAAACAUAGCAGUUUCUCUGAAACUGCUAUGUUUAUAAAAGAAUGGAUUAAGCCUAGCUGGACCUGGCACCCAGACCACUUCAUUAAGCUGAAGUGGUCUGGGUGCCUAGAGUGGUCCUUUAAAGUAGAACAUAUCCGCUUUACCAUCUUCCUAAUCACACACCUAUUUCUCAUCUCUUUGCUUAUACUUCAUAAAUUACUUUUCAAGAGAAUAUUCUGUCUGCAGGGUUAUAGACGGAUCAAUGGUCCAUGUGGGCCAGUACAAAAAAAGCUGACUACAACUCAACGUUUUGAGAUAGUUUUGACUUGUCACGCGAUUCACACAUAAAUUCACACAACUAAUAUGUUUUGCAGGAUUUAAGGAACAUUUUAUCAGCAACUGUACAGUUACAUUCUGAAAGUAUAUAUGUCUACAGAAAAGCAUCAAUAGCCAUUAACAUUUACAGGAACAACGUUAUUUAAUAUAAAGCCUAUGAACCUCUAUAAAAUAUGCUUUUAAAAAUUCACUGAAGAGAUUCUCAUGAAAAAGGAUCACGGGUAUAUGAACUAAUAAGUUAUUUAUGGAUGAAAUUGUAUUGCCUAGUGCUACCAUCAUAGCUCUAUAAUGAUGUUUAUGGUUGUAAAAUGCCGUUGCAUGUAUUUUUGUUUCAUUAAUAACAUGAUGCCUGGGGGACUAUUAAGGUAUAUUACACACAGUUAAAUAGUGUUAAUGGCACAAAUUGGAUAAUGAUUAAAACUCCAUCCCUAAGGGCGUUCACCCACAACAGAUAUUAAAUUACUCCCACUCAGAUGACCAUUAACCCUUCUGGAGCAUCCCUUACUGCAUCUGUACCAAAUUAUUGCUUUAUAAUUGCUAAUGGAGUUCAGGGAUGUGUUAACAGCUUCACUGCCAAAUGAAUAUUUUUUUUUUCAAUCAUGACAUAUUUUAACUACAGUAUAAUACAGUGUGGAUAGCUACAUGGGAUAAUGCCCAGAAAACCAUCAUUGGGUAGAAUUAUCAAGGCAAACUUGGGAGCAAAGAGUUAAGUAAAGCGCAAUCAGUAUAGAAACCAAUACUGUACUUUGUCUUCCUACAUUUUGCACUUUGUAUCUGUUUUGCUUGAUAGAUUCUCCCUUCCCCAUAUGUAUAAAAGACUGUUAAAGGAUAUGUAAAAUAUUUAGGGGUAAAUAAAUGGAUAUAGACUAUUCUGCAUUUGUUUUACAACCCAUCCAAUAGGCUCCAAAUUAAUAGGGCUAAAGUAAAACAAUACUCAUACAGUUAUCAUGGACAUUUGCAGUGAUGACUUGGUCCAAAACACCCAGUUUUUGUUGCAAAAAAAAAAUAAAUCUAUUGUAUUGUACGUGCUACUGAUGAAUAUGUGUUGGAAAAAACAGGAUAUGGGUUUGAAUGGGCAGGGCCCCACCAUCUUUAAAUUUCACCAGCCACCACAUAAUAUUUGUAAGGUGUAUGCUUGCAGGUGUAGGAAUACAUAUUCCCAGAUUGCCAAUAGAAUGAAAAAAAUUAUGUCUGUAUUUUGACAUUAAAGGCACACUAUAGUCACCAGAACACCUACAGCCUAAUGUAGUAAACAUUGUGUCCUGGCACAAAGUAACAAAAUAACGCAGCAAACCUGCAAGAAAUAUACCGUAUAUACUCGAGUAUAAGUCGACCCGAAUAUAAGUCGAGACCCCUAAUUUUACCCCAAAAAACUGGGAAAACUUAUUGACUCGAGCAUAAGACUAGGGUGGGAAAUGCAGCAGCUACUGGUAAAUUUCUAAAUAAAAUUAUAUCCCCAAAAAAUUAAAUUAAUUGAAUAUUUAUUUUGUGUAUAUAAUUAAUGCAGUGUGUGUGUGUAUAUAAUGCAGAGUGUGUGUAUGUAUGAAUGCAGUGUGUGUAGUGUGUGUGUAUAUAAUGCAGAGUGUGUGUGUGUAUGAAUACAUUGUGUGUAGUGUGUGUGUAUAUAAUGCAGUGUGUGUAGUGUGUGUGUGUGUAUGAAUGUAGUGUGUGUGGAUGUAUGAAUGCAGUGUGUGUGUGUAUGAGUGCAGUGUGUGUAUAUGAUACAGAGUGUGUUUGUGUAUGUGAUGCAGAGUGUGUAACCUUGGUGGGGGGUUGGCAUUUUUAUUAUUUUUUUAAUUAUUAUUAUUAUUUUAAUAUUAAAUUUAUUUUUAAUAUUAUUAAUAUUUUUAUUUUAAUAUUAUUAAUUUUUUUAUUUUAUUAUUAUUAGUUAAAUUUUUAUUUAUAUUUUUUGUCACCCCUCCCUGUUUGAUACAUGGCCAGGGAGGGGGGCUCUCAUUCCUGGUGGUCCAGUGGCAUUGGCUGUGCAGGAGGGGGGCUGGCAGCAAGCUGUAACUUACCUUUCCUGCAGCUCCUGUUAGCUCCCUUCUCCUGCGUUCCAUUCAGCUCCACUGUAAGUCUCGCAGUCUGAGUGCCACACGGAGCGUUGCCACGGUAACCCAUGGCAACGCUGUGACGCCACGGGUCUCGCAAGACUUACAGUGGAGCUGACCGGAACGCAGGAGAAGGGAGCUGACAGUAGCUGCAGGAAAGGUAAGUUACAGCUCGCUGCCAGCCCCCAACAGAACUGCUGGGCUUGUAAUGAGCCCAGCGGUCCUGGUCUGUAUUAUGGCAAUGUAAGUUGCCAUAAUACAGACAUUGACUCGAAUAUAAGACGAGUGGGGGGUUUUCAGCACAAAAAAUGUGCCGAAAAACUCAUCUUAUACUCGAGUAUAUAUACGGUAUAUCAUAAAAGUAAAUGGUGCACUCAAGGUCUUCUAAGGUAAAGGUGGAUUUGAUGUUUAAAGAAGAAAAAUUACAUAAAUGUGGAUGAUCAAUGUUUCGACCCUAUGGAUCUUUUUAAAAAUCUUGAAAAAGGCCCGUAGGGUCGAAACAUCAAUCGUCCACAUUUAUGUAAUUUUGCUUGUUUAUACAUUAAACCCACCUUUAACUUAGAAGACCUUGAGUGCACUCUUUAUUUUUAUUUUAUAUAUAUAUAUAUACGUAUGUAAUACACAAGAUCCAGCGCACUCACUCAUCCACUAAACAGCAAGUUUUUAAAGCUCACAGAUUUAUUUAUUUUUAGUUUUUUUUUUUUUUAAACACCUAAUCUAGGCAAAAAUAAUGGGGGUUUAGUUACAUUAUAUGAUCAUACAUUGCAUAAACCUGCCAAAAUGUAAAUGUACCCCAUCUUUGGCAGGUCCUACUCUAACAGCCUAAUAUCUGCUGUUAAGAUUAACCCACUUAUUUGGGGAAAAAAUCCAUCUUGGGCUCUCUGCAGUACAAGGCUAAAUAUGGCCCUGUAAUGAGGCACCUGUGACAUUGCCAACAUCUACACCUUCCCAGCAGAAUGGAGACUGCCAAUCUAUUAAUGGGAACCCCAAACCUUCCCAGAGUACUCAACCAAUGAGUUGUUAUCACGGGAGAUUUGACCUGUUAAUUUUCUGCUGUUGAUGGCUUUUAAAUGUAAUAACAUUCCAAUAUUAUAGGUGUCAAAUAAGGCAGUGAUAUAUCAGGGUAUUACAAAGGUUGAUAUGAAAUAAAUAGGAGCUAAUCAAAAAGUCUGGGGGCUAGUCGGUUAGCUCCAACAAAAACCCACUAUUAUUCUCCUAGUUGUGACAAUAACCCACUAGUAACAGAAAAUGUAGGGAAAAUGGACUAAAAGUCCUGAUUAGGAGAGUGACACAUAGAGGAAGCCCUACCUUUAUUAAUCCUAAGGGGAAACAAAAAUAGUAACCAAAUGGGGAAGGGAGAGGCAAAGGAGUAUAUGUGAUAUAUAUGCACAACCAUGCACAUAGACACAUAUACACAGAAGAAAAGAAUUUGCUGGAUGAGCUAAGGUACACAAAGCUUAAAAGGAUCUAAGGUUAGAUAUUCCAGUUUACCUACAAAGCUCAGGUAUAUGCAGGGAUAAGGGAAAAGGAAGGGAGUAUAAAUGAGGGGGUUGGACCCCAAAAUAAGCCACCCACAGCAGGGUAUUAUCCAAUGUGCUUGUCUCUGCCUUCACUUAACAAGUGAUAUCUUAUAACUGUACAUUGAACAUACUGGGAGACCGGAGCUAGCCUAGAACAGUAAGAAGAUUAUAUGUCUACUCUAUAAAUGGAAAACAGGACUUCUAUUCAAGAACAGCUUUGUCUUGCUGUGUCAAAGGAAUACUUUAUUGCAUCUAAACGAAAGAUGCUCUAUUUAAUUUUUUUGUUUUUCUUUUCUGAAAAAUCUUUUUAGCUUUAACUCAUUAAUGAUAUUCUUACUUGAAAUGUUUUUUUUUUAAAGUGCGUGAUUCACUGAAGGCUGCAAAUGUAGGUAUUUUUUCCUCUUCGUUUUAGUUUAGAGUUGUCAUUAAUUUUGAUAAAUGGCUGUGUAUCUACCAAAGAAAAAACACGCUGAAUCAUAACACAAACGACCAGCCAAAGUUAGCUCAGAAGCUUUCUGACCAAUUCUCAUUACUGAGAAACGAACAAAAAUAAAUCAGUCUUUCAAAGGAGCUUUGUAGCCUUCAUGUGAUGUUUCAGAGUGCAUAGCAUGACAAUAUUGGAUUUUGCGGUCAGGGCCAGAUUAAGAGCCCAGUGGGUCUGGAGCUGACAAUUAUGAAGGGCCUAACUACAGAAUCUUAUCGACCAAAAACACUAAAACAAUCAUACCUCCCAAGCGUCGUGUAUCUGAUGGAGAUGGUGUUGGAGGGAAAGGAUGCAGCUAUACAAAAUAACAUACUCUAUGCUAAUCUCUCUCUAAUUUAUGCUUUCAUCUUUCAAGUAAAUCCAUACCUCCCCAACAGUAGUGUCCUGUGAAGCAGGAAGUCAAUGGGCAGGGUAAAAGGCUGUGCCACUGACGCAAAUCACGUGACCAGACCUGCCAAAAGGGGUGAACAUGCCCAAAAAGGGGGCAUGUUUGUACAAAGAAUUGGAAGGCCAGCCUGGCAUGAAUGCAUGUCAGGCUGCCUGCCAAUCAUGCAGGCUGUCCAACUAAGGGCAUACAAUGCAGGCAGCACCCUGAGCUUGGCAGAAAUGCAUCAAAUGAUGCUCCUACUCCACGCUUUCUAAGGACUGUCCUCUAGCACUCACAUGUCCACUUACUUUCUUACUAGCAGGCAGAAGUUCCUGGUAUAUAGUCUGGAACAGAGAAAAGGUGGAUGUAGUGAGUGUAGAAGAAAGGGGACAUGCCACAGUGUUAGAGAGACCAAAGUCUGCAUUACCUAAACUAAUUUUAUUGUCAGCCAGUCCACACAGGUUUUGUUGCCAUACAUCCCUCUUAAGCUUCCAAACUUAAGGGGACACUAUAGUCACCAAAACAACUAUAGCUUAUUGUAUUUGUUCUGGUAAGUAGAAUCAUUCCCUUCAGGCUUUUUGCAUUAUACACUAUCUUUUCAGAGAAAAUAACUUCACUAGCCACUCCUUAGAUGGCUGCUAGAGGUGCUUCCUGGGGCAGUACUGCCUAGUGUGCAGCACUGCCAUUCAGUGUCUCCACCCUCUGCAUGCAGACACUGAACUUUCCUCAUAGAUAUGCAUUGAUUCAAUUGAUCUUUAUGAGGAGAUGCUGAUUGGCAAGGGCUAUGUUUGACUUGUGCUUGCUCUGCCCCUGAUCUGCCUAGUUGACAGUCUCAGCCAAUCUUAUGGGGAAGCAUUGUAAUUUGCUCAGAUCACCACUUCUGAUGAUGUCAGUGCAGAGGCAGAGCCAGCAUCUGCAGACUUGAAUACAAGUAAGAUUUUACUAUAUUUGGGGAGCAAAGAUGGGGUCAGAGGGGCUAGAUGGUGUUUUUUUACAUAAUAGGGUCAGAAAUACAUGAUUGUGUUCCUGACCCUGUAGUGUUCCUUUAAGCAAGAGUAUGUGAAGAGUAGUUAGGAUUGCCACCUUUUUUCUGGGAAAAAAAUACCAGCCAUUUGUAUAAUUAAUUAGUAAUGCAUGACAUCACAUGAUGUAAAUCACAAGGAGUGACAAGAGAACAUUCUGUAAAAUCACCAACAAACUAAUCACAGUUUGAUUCUGCUGUAUAAAUGAAUUGCUCCCUGUCUCCCAGUGUCUCAGUGUCCCUAUGUAUCACAGUGUCUGUGUCCCCAUUUCACCCAGUCCCAUAGUCUCCCAGUGUUCCCAUGUCUCAGUGUGUCCCCAUGUCUCAGUGUGUCCCCAUGUCACUAGGAUACUAGGGGACACAGUGAGACAUGGGGACACUGGGAGACAUGGGGGCACUUGUGAAUACAGACAUGGGGACACUGGGAGACAUGGGGACACAGACAUUUGGGGACACUGGGAGAAAUGGGGACACUGAGACACUAGGGACACAGAGACAUGGGGACACAGACACUGGGAGAUAUGGGGACCCAAACAUUUGGGGACACUAAGACACUAGGGACAUUGAGAGACAUAAGAACACAGACACUAGGAGACUAGGGGACACUGGGAGACAUGAGGACACUGGCUGGGAGACAUGGGGACACUGGGUGACAUGGGACUCUGAGUCACUAGGGACACAGAGACAUGGGGACACAGACACUGGGAGACAAGGGGAAACUGAGAGCCAUGUGGACACUGGUUGGGGCACAUCGGGACACUGGGAGACAUGUCCCUAGUAUCUCCAUGUCCCAAUGUCUCAGUGUCUCCCAAUGUCCCUAUGUCUCACAGCGUCCCCCUGUGUCUCAGCGUCCCCAUGUCUCAGAGUGUCCCCAUUUUUUCCAGUGUCCACAAGUGUCUCAGUGUGCCCUAGUGUCUGUGUUCCCACGUGUCCCCUAGUGUCUCAGUGUCCCCAUGUCUCCCUGCUGCCUUUCCCCCAUCCCUUACUUACCCGAGCUGCUGUCUUGACUCUCUGUGCUGUGUAGCUGCGCCCCACAGAUCAGUGAGUAGUAGAGAGAGGCAGGGAUAUGCUGUAACUUCCUAUCCCUGCCUUUCUCCACACACAGUGACCCCUACUGGCCGGUGCUGGUAUUGCAGAGUAAUCUCCAUUUAUACUGAGAAAAAUACCUUGUAUUGACGGUAUUACUGCAAAACGUGCACAGCCAAGCAGCCUCAAAUACCGACUGUGCCAGUAAAAUACCAGUCAGGUGGCAAACCUAAGAGUAGUGUGUAAAAAAAAAUGGGCCAUUCCAUGGGCCUGGGCCUGGGCCUGGAGCUGCAGCUCCAUCAGCCCCUAUGUUAAUCCGGCCCUGUUUGCGGUUACUAGGCUUUAGGUAACCAGACAGACAGAAAAUUUCAUGAUUGUCCUAGGCAGUAGAAAUUACUUUAGGUACGAGAGAUUAAGAUGUGUACAUUAAAAAUAUUUACCUGUAAAAAGAAGGACAUUCAAACACAUUUUUUGAAUGAUAGUACGGGUUGCUCUGCUAAACAUAAUUACAAUCGUAUCUUGUUAUGUAUAAGUGAUAUAAUUAUACAAUCUACUCCAUAAAAUGGGCCCUAACAUAUUGCUCAUAUCUUGCAAAAAGGAGGGAGGCUAGGAGAGCACUAGACCAGGAAAUGAUGUUGGCUCUUCCUCCUACUGUUCCUGUUGCAGAAGUAAAGUUCUGCAUCAGGAAUAUGGGUGACUGGUUCCCAACUUGGAUCCAGACCUGUCCCUUGUCUGCCCCUUCUUCUCUGUCAUCAAGGAUCCAAACCAUCUACCAGGCAAAAAUGUAUCCUUCUGUCUUCUCAGCUAGGACUGAAUCCCUCUGGCCACGAAUCAUUUAUGCUGCCUGCUCCCAUUACCAUGUUUAUUAAGAUUCAUUUUGGCUUUGGCACAUAGAUCUUUUGCCUACAGGUCUUAUCAAUCUGUAGCUGAGCCCAAAUACCUGGGAGAAGUGAAGCCAGAAGACAGGACAGGCCCUUCUACUCUGCCACUAGGCUUCUGGAAACAAUGUGAAAAAAGGAGUUGGCUUGAUUGUUCAUUUUUUAAAUGGGCCUACCUUUUAACAACUCUACAUUAAACUUAUUGUUAGUGAUUCAAAACAGUGCUUAAAGUUUAAACAUAAUAAAACAUUGAGACAGCAGUAAAAGACAAUAGAAUAUUUGAUUGUCAUACAGGGGAUCGUCUUUAGGUGACAAUCAUGUCAAAUCGAAAUCCCAGGCCAUUCUUCAUGAAUUUCAUAAAAAUAUACAAAUAUAUGCAAAUCAAUGUAUAAAUAUACAUAACCAGGCUUUUACCAUCUACUGACCCAAAGCUUCUAGAUCUGGGGGGAAAGAUAUUGAGUAUCCUCAGCGGUAAACUCUGGGACUAACAUGCCUACCUCUCAAUAUUGGUAUUACGAAGUCCUGCAAAUUUGUUAUGACAUUAAUAUAAAUGGUUACAUUUUUAAUUAAUGCUGACCAGACAUUUAUAAGCAGAAGCACUAGUAUUAGCCAUCCCUUCAUCUUUCCAGAAGACCGGACAUCAGGCAUUAGACAGAUUGGAUUUGUCUGCCUCACUGCUGCCGGUGUUCCACACAGGGCCGGAUUAACAUAGGGGCUGAUGGAGCUGCAGCUCCAGGCCCAGGCCCAGGCCCAUGGAAUAGGCCCAUUGAUUUAAAAAUAAAAAAUAAAAAAUAAAUUUUUUUUUUUUUUUUUUUUAACACACUACUCUUAGGGAUUCCACCUGGCUUUUAUUUUAUUGGCACAGCCAGUAUUUGAGGCUGCCUGGCUGGUGCCAAUAUUGCAGUGAUACUGGCAAUACAAAUGCUGGUAUUUUUCUCAGUAUAAACAAGAGAUUACUAUGCAAUACCAGCACUGGCCAGUAGGGGUCACUGUGUGUGUGGAGAGAGGCAGGGAUAGGAAGUUCCAGCAUAUACCUCCCUGCCUAUCUAUACUCACUGAUCUGUAGGGGUGCAGCUACAGAGAGUCCAGACAGCAACUCCCACCCUGCAGAGACAGCCUACAGCUCAGGGAAGUAAGGGGAGGAGGAAAGGCUGCAAGGAGAGAUACACUGAGACACUAAGGGGCACUGGGAGACAUUAUGACACAGACACAUGGGGACACAGUGUCCCCAUGUUUCCCAGCCAGUGUCCCUGGUGUCUCGGUGCCCCCUAGUCUCCCAGAGCCCCGUAGUCUCCCAGUGCCCCCAGUCUGCCAGUGUCUCACUGUCCCCAUGUCUCCUAGUGUCUCCAUGUCUCUCAGUGCCUCAAGUGUCACAAUGUCCCCAUGUCUCCAAGCUAGUGUCCCUAGUGUCUGUGGCCCUGGUGUCUCAGUGUCCCCAUAUCUCCCAGUGCCCCCAUGUCUCAAUGUCCCCAUGUCCCUCAACCAGUGUCUCUAGUGUCUGUGUCCCUGGUGUCUGUGUCCCCAUGUCUUCAAGUGUCCCCUAUUUUCCCAUUUUCCCCAUGUGUCCCAGCCAGAGUCCCCUAGUCUCCCAGUGUCACUGGUGUCUCCGUGUCCCUAGGUCUCCCCGUGUCCCCAGGUCUCCCCGUCUUCCUAGUGUCCUAGUGACAUGGGGACCCUGGGAUACAUGGGGAGACAUGGGGCAUUGAGACACUGUGAUACAUAGGAUCACUGGGAGACCUGGGGACACGACACUGGGAGACAUGGGGCACUGAGACACUGAUACAUAGGAACACUGAGACCUGGAGUAAUCGACACAUGGGGGCACUGAGUCGUGAGGGCACUGGGAGACAUGGGGGCACUGGGAGGAAUCCAUCUAUACAGCAGAAUCAAACUAAGUAGUUUUUUUUGGUGAUUUUACAGCAUUUUCUCUUAUGUCACUCCUUGUGAUUUACAUCAUGUGAUGUCACCCAUACAUAUUUAAUUAUGCAAAUAGUUUUUACAAGAAAGGUGGCAACCCUAACUACUUUUCACAUACUCUUACUUAAGUAUGGAAUCUUAAGAGGGAUGUAUGGGAACAAAACUUGUGUGGACUGGCUGACAAUGAAUAUAGUUAAAGGGACACUAUAGUCACCAGAACAACUACAGCUUAUUGAAUUUGUUCUGGUGAGUAGAAUCAUUACCGUCAGGCUUUUUGCUUGAAAAAGUCCUCAGUAGCAGGACGAAACGCGUUGACGAGGUGCACAGGGGUUUUUGUUAUAUAUCCCCUGUAGACGGACCUGGAAGAACACAUAGCUCUAUCUACGUGCAGCUGUUUCCUUGCGGUUUUAUUUUCGGACAGCCCACCUGAGUGCACGAGGAGGACGCUGUCAGCUUUGAAGAUAAAAGACAGUUUUGUUGGGAUACCAAGCAGCCGUGAGGUUUCUUCAUUCCGGUCCAUAGGAAUAAGUACCACUGCUAUAUAUACUUUUCAACAUUGUGAGAGUUCUUAUUUAGGGGGGGUUUUGUUUGUUAUACCGGGCAAUAAAUGUUACAGAGUUACACUAUAUCUGUUUUCUCCGUUUUUGCCUAGGAAUUUUCAAGCAUCUAUUUGAGUCUCCAUUUCAUCUAAUCAGACAUUGGACCCUGCCCCCCCUCUCUAUUUUGAUUCUAAAAGACUUUUUGGACCUUUUAAAGACUUCUUUUAUAUUUCCAUAUUUAUAUACAUAUUUUUAUUUGCAUCUUUUUUUCUUUCUUUACAGUUUUUAUAUGUGAAGUCUAGAUGCAUAUUGCAAUACUAUUUUAACAUAUUUGCACCCUUGUUAUCAUUUUAAGGGGAGUAUUUACUAAGCGCUGACAACAUCUUUACUACCCUGUUAUAGGAAUUGGGAAAUUCUUUUCUUUGUUUAGCAGCUGUUAUUCACAGGGUACUUUAAGUACCAUUUAUCAUUAUUUUUAGUUUUGAUUUUGUAUGCGCUCUCUUAAUUAUUCUAUUUAUUGUGUUUGAAUCAUGCUGGCUCUGACUCUGAUCUGCCUCCUUGUCAGUCUCAGCCAAUCCUAUGGGGAAGCACUGUGAUUGGAUCAGGCCACCACUUCUAAUGAUGUCAGCAGACUGCUUGUUUUUAUGAGUCUAAUAGCAUGCAGAGUUACAGCUUCAGGCUUGAAUAUAGUAAGAUUUUGUUAUAUUUAUGGAGGCAUGAGUGGCCCAGGGGGGGCUAGAUGGUGGUGUUAACACUGUAGGGUCAUGAAUUCAUGUUUGUGUUACUGACCCUAUAGUGAUCCUUUAAGGUAAUGCUGACUUUGGUCUCUCUAACACUGUGGCAUGUUCCCUUUCUUCUACACUCACUACAUACAGCUUUUCUCUGUCCCAGACCAUAUACCAGGAGCUUAUGCCUGCUAGUAAGAAGGUAAGGAGACAAGUGGACCAGCGAGUGCUAGGGGACAGUCCUUAGAAAGCGUUGAGCGAGCGCAUCAUUAGAUGCAUUUAUGCCAUGCUCAGGGUGCUGUCUGCAUAGUAUGCGCUUAGUUGGCCAGCUGCAUGAUUGGCAGGCAGCCUGACAUGCAUUCAUGCCAGGCUGGCCUUCUAAUUCUUUGGGCAGACAUGUCCACUUUUUGAGCAUGUUCGCCCCUUUUGGCAGGUUACGUGAUUUGUGUCAGUGGCACACCCUUUUAUCAUGCCCAUUGACUUGACUGGACAUUGCUGUUAGGGGUUAUGGAUUUACUUGAAAGCAGAAAACAUAAAUUAGAGGGAGAUUAGCCUAGGGUAUGUGUUUUCUUAUAGCUGCUGUUUUCCUUCUCUCCAGCACCAUCUCCAUCAGAUACAUGACGCUUGGGAGUGUUUUACUGUUUUUGGUUGAUAUGAUUCUCUAAUUAGGCCCGUCAUAAUUGUCAGCACCAGGCCCACUGGGCUCUUAAUCUGGCCCUGGUUCCACAAUAGGCUUGCUGAGAUUCUUGCUAAUAUCUGAGUAUAUGUAAGAAUGGGAUAUAUUUGUAGCAUUUACUAUGGAAUUUCGUAUUCACUCUUCUUGGUACCUGAUCUGUCUUACGUAAACUGUAUAAAAACCAUGAAGAAAGUAAUUAUUUUUAGUUAAGAGCACUUUUACUAUACGCCCAGCUGCAGUUGUCAGUAGUUGGCUUACAGUUUUAUGACAAUGUUAAAGUAAUUUCACAAAUUAUAUUACACCCAAUAACAUGACCAUGCAAUUAUGGUGUUUUUUUAAUGUUCUCACUUCUUAUAGGUGGAACGCCAGCAAGACCUUCCCCAUAUGCAUAGGAUGGCCAAACACAAGGAUACUUACAUGGUGGAGCAGGUUUUUAGCCCACAUCCAUACCCAGCUUCCCUGAAGUCCCACAUGAAGAGUAAUCCAAUCUAUACAGACAUGCGUCUCACAGAAAUGGCAGAGCUAAAACGCACCCAGCCUUCGUGGACCAUAGAAGAAUAUGCACAUAACUCAGGAGAGAAAGGAAGGCUGACUGCUCUAGACCUGCAAGUAAGUGGCAAUUGAAAUAUACAGUCGUUCUGUAUAUUUACCCAUUUCUCGCUCAUGUUGAGAUGUGAUGUAAAACCGCAUUAAUCUCAUGUAUGAUGUCUGUGAUACAUGACCUUGUCGCAUUAUCACCCACACACUAAAGCAGUCAUUUACCAAUCUCACAUACAGUGUGUGCAUAACUUUACCAUCAUACAUAAAUCUUACAUGCACCAGUCAUCCUGACACACUUACAUAUGUAAACAGAUCAGUCACUGUCACCAAAAAGACACAAUUUAUUCUAGAACAAUAAUUUGGACUUGAGCACAUUUAGUUGUCUUUUUUUUUCAUUUUUUUAAUAUUAUGGUGACAGCAGAUCAAUCUAAAAAGCAUUUGUUUUUUAAAUUAGGUCUAUAAGAUAUGUGGUUCUGUAUAAUGUUACACUAUAGCAGUCAGUAUACAUUUUUCUACCCCACUGGUAGGUAAAGAGUCAUGACAGGGGCACAUUCAUCACAUUUAUCAAGAAUACUGUACAAUAGAAAAUAAGCAGAGCUAUUGAGAAAGGACAAAUAUUGAUUAACUAAACAUCUGGUUGCACUAUGAUUCCAAUGAUUAUCUGGUAAUACAGAUAGAACAGUCCUCUUACAAUAUGUAACAAAAUGCUGUUAAAGCUCCUAAUUCAGUUCUUUAUAUUGUAUAUACCAUAGGAAAAAACAUCUCCACCUGCAUGUUGCCUUACAGCUUGCACAAGGCUCUCUUUAUUUAACCGUUUACCGUAAAUGUUGCUUUAUCAGACAACUCACUUUAUAUUUAAAACAACUUUGUCCAGCAAUGUUACCCUAUGGAAAUGUAAGUGUACACACGCAUUCCAUGCAGUAUCCAAAAAAGAUCUUUGUGAUCCAAACAGAAGCCAGCUAUCAUUCCCUUUUCAUUUACAACCCCUAUGUACACACUUUAAUAAACAUCUACCACCCAUUCUUUCAACCCCAUUACCUAGAAAAUGAGGCCUAACCUAUAGAAUUGCAGCUGUUAUUUAUCAUGAAAUUAGACAGUCAUUAACUUUUAGCCAACGAUGACCUAGGAGUAGAGAUGGUGUGUGUGUGUAUGGGAGAUGUUUUAGUGAAACACCCGAUAGAAAUGAUCUUCCAUGAUUAAGAUUACCUCCUAAACUCAGAAAAUUACAAGAAAGUGGGGACUUACAUGUAUCUACGUUAUCCUAUGUAUACCAGAAGGAUGAACACUGAAAUGCUUUCUGCACCACACGAUGCAAAGACCUAAAGAAUAGUUAUUUAAAAUUUCACUACCAAAGUACCUUUGAAAAUGGUAUCCUAUAGGUCCCCACUUUCAGCCCGUAAAGGAACACUAUAGCGCUAUAUUAUGCCCCAUCCCUAACUGUAGGUCCAUCUCUUCCCCCUACCUCCAUGUGAAUGAAAGGGUUCAAAACCAUUUAACAUUCACCUUAAUUCCAUUGCCAAGGUCCUUCAAUGCUGGUUCAAUCUCCUCCUCCAGCGGUCUACAGACAUCUAUUUUAAGGGUUUAGUCAAUAAAAUGUGAAUAGGACAAGAACAAUUUGAUAAUUUAGGUCAGAAUUAAAAAUUUGAAGAAAAAAAAACAAACAAAAAAAACUUACAGCUUCCAGGCUAAGUGUCUCAGUUAUAUCAAACACCCACAUUAAAUCAUACACACCCAGUCACCCACACAAAGUCACAGGCGUAUCCUGAAGAAAGGGUGCUUGUGUGCUGUACAUUUGAAAGCAGAUAAAUUAAUUAAACUUGUUUUAUUCAUGUGUUUUGACAUCUGCUUUUCAGAGGAAUAAAGUCAUGUCAUUUUAAAUUAAUAUAAGGUUGAAAUAGCUGUUUUUGACAUGAUAUUUUGUUCCUAUUUAACAAGCUACCAAUCUAAAAUGUCUCCUAUCAGAGUGCAUUACAAAUCGCAGGAGUAAUAGCUCUUACAAAUAUAGAUGUCUAUUUUUUCUAUUACAAUGUCUGCAUGACUCACAUAUUUUACCAUUACUUAGUAGAAAAAAAAAACAAAAAAAGACAAUAUAAUUUGUCCAAGUAAAUAUCACCUGGCAAAAUAAUAGUUUGUGACACUCCAAACAACAUAACUACUUAUGUUCUUACAUAGACUUCACUCCAAGCCUUUGUUCUAUUCAUUAGUCCGGCAGCAAGGAUUUUGGGGAUAUGCUCAACAAUUGUUUUGAUGUAUAGCAAAUAAGGGACAAUUGAGGGUGCCUAUAUUCUAUUAUUAUGAAACUAAAAUGUAAUAUAGGGGAGCGUAACAGACCCUGGGAGUGUCACUUUAAAUGAUUUAAUAAGAUUGACCCCAGGAGCUCAGUAGAAUAUUUUUACAAUGAGAUUAAAAUGAAUAAAAUAUGUUUUCACUUAAAAAGCAAUAUUAUGGAGGAAAAGAGUUAUUAUUUCACGAAAAAGUCCGCUUUCACUGUUCAUUCUAAUGUAUAGAUUGGUAGCUUUUUUUUUUUUUCAAUUUGACAAUUUUUAUUGUUGAUAAGAACAGGGGAGGGGGGGUACAGAAGAGAAGAAGGAGGGGGGGGGGGUUUCCGUGUUACAGUAUAUGUCACUCGGUACAAGGCGACAUAGCGUAGUAGCAUAGUAGCUUGGUAAAACAGUAAUGGUUUGGACAGUGGUAUUAAUAAUAUUGUUGUUAAGAAAAAUAAGCCGCACAAAAUUGCUUAGUGUAAUUCUAGUCAAUGCGCCCACACAUGGGCUGGGGAGAUCUGUGUAAUUUGGAGUAUAUUUCCCCAUGCGUAGCCUAAUCCGAUGCUCUUUCGCUUUGCGAACACAGUGGGUCAAUACAAUGCAUACAUGUUGCUAUGGUACAGGAAUGAGUCGCCUUACUCAGGGUUUGCCAAUCUCCACGCGUCCCACACAUCCCAUGCUGUCGUCCCUGUACGGGUGGGUGGGCAUAUAUUCGUGAAGCAACGCUCAUAGAGUCUCUGCUCAGCUAUUUCUGAGAGUACGUUUUGUAUCUUAGGAGUGGUUGGAGAUUUCCAGGCCCGCGCUAUAAGGCGUUGAGCCGUUAGUGUUGUGUGGAAAAUUAGUUUUUGGAGGUACUUAGGAGUGUGGGGGGGAGUGUGCAGUAGCAGGUACGUGAGCGGGUCUAGGGGCAGAGUAAGUUUCGUGAGGUCUUGUAGGAAGGAGUGCACUGCUUCCCAAAAGGGUUUUAUCAGUGAGCACGUCCACCAGAUGUGUAAAACUGAUCCGGUGUGUUCCCGACAUCUCCAGCAGGUGGAUGAAGCGGCGGGGUACAUUUUAGAAAGCCGCUCCGGGACCAUGUACCAUCUAUAAAUCAUUUUUUUGUUCUGCUCCAGUAACGGUGCUGAUUUAAGGAGGGUUUUGGGUGCGGUAGAUAAAGUGUUCCACUCUUUGUGAGUGAGCUCAAUGGUCAGAUCUUCUGCCCAUUGUCUAGCUGGCGUGGCCUCUGAGAGAGGUGUGAAGUCUAAUAGCAAUUGGUAACACGUGGAGAUUGGCUUACAUAGUGGGGGUAGUUUUUUAUUUAUACACAUUUUUUCCCAUAUUGUAAGUUGGUCGGUGGCGGUUUGGCUGGGCGGUACUUGUGUAGCUUGUUUGUGCAGGAAAGAAUGAAGUUGUCUGUAGGAAAAAUGAGAUGUCAGGGGGACACCGUGGAGUGAGUGUAGGGUGUGAAAGUCUAGGAGCUUUGAGUUAGCGUGGAAUUGGCCUAAGUGUUGGAGCCCCUUCUCCUGCCACGGUUUAGCGUAGAAGGUGGGAAUGCAGUAUGUGAGAGCCGCUGUCGGUGUGGCUGGGGACAGAGGGCCGCUGGAGGUCAGUUUAUGUCUGUGUGCGUCCCAAACUCGUAUGAGUAGGGCGAGUUGGGGAGGGAUAUCUUUUAGGGGGGGGCGAAGCUGUUGCGGGAGCCAUAGUAUGUGGGUGAUGUCAUACGGAGUCAUCAUGAGCUUCUCAAGCCUGACCCAUUGCGGGGGGCUUUGGUCAACAAAAUGGGGGAUGGCUGCUGCUAAUAUGGAUGCGUGGUAAUAGGUACGCACGUCCGGGACUGCUAAGCCUCCUGCUCUAGCUGGAGCUCGUAGGAGCUUCAUUGAGAUGCGGGGUUUACCCUUGUUCCAGAUGAAGUUGGUGAUAUCGCUCUGUAUCGCUUUAAAAUAGGAUUGUGGCAUUGGUAAUGGGAGGUUCCUAAAAAUGUAUUGUAACCUGGGGAGUAUGGACAUCUUAAUCGCCACUAUUCUCUCAGUCCAAGUCAGGAAGAGGGAUCCCCAUUUUGUCAGGGAUUGUUUACACUCUGUCCAGACCCUGAUAUAGUUGGUUGCGCUUAGGUCAGCGCGGCGUCUGGAGAACAUAACACCUAGGUAUUUGAUGUUAUCCCGCCUCCAUUCGAAAGGGUAUGUCAUGCGUAGUGUUUCCGUCACUUGGGGGGGUAGGCCAAUUCCCAGGGCUUGGGUUUUUGUGGUGUUCAGUGCGUAGUAGGAGCAUAGGCCAUAUUCCUUGAUGAUGUGCAUAAUUACAGGGAUCGUGGUCAUGGGAUCGGUGACAUAAAGGAGGAUAUCAUCCGCGAAGGCGCUAACUUUGUAAUCUGUCCCCUUAAUUUGGAUCCCUUUGACGUCAGGAUGGUUUCGAAUGGUUUGCAGGAGGGGUUCUAACGCCAACACGUACAGCAGGGGGGAUAGGGGGCACCCCUGCCUCGUUCCAUUGGACAACUGAAACGGGUCAGACAUAAAGCCUGCCUGUAGUACCUGGGCUGUCGGACCCGCAUACAGAGCAAAAAUUUGUGACUCAAACUGGGGGGGGAACCCAUAGGCUCUCAAGGCUUGUUGUAGGAAGGGCCAGCUUAGGCGGUCAAAAGCUUUUUCGGCGUCAAGUGCUAGUAAUAGACCGCCUCCUCUGGUCCCCCUGAGGUAAUCCAGAAUCAGCGACAGUUUCCUGGUAUUAUCUGUUCCCUGUCUUCCUUGUAUGAACCCUGUCUGGUCAUCCCCAAUAAGGGAUGGCAGGACCCUAUUUAGUCUAUUCGUUAGGAUCUUCGCAUAGAUCUUUGCAUCUGAGUUUAGAAGCGAUAUAGGGCGGUAAUUUUUACAGGUGUCCGGGGGUUUGUCGGGUUUCGGGAUGGUUACUAUGGUAGCCCGGAGCAUCUCUGGUGGGAGCGCGCCCGUGGCAGUCGCCCUACGGUACACUUUUAGCAGGUGGGGACCCAGGACGUGCGCAAAUUUUUUGUAGUAGGCGUUUGGGAGCCCAUCUGCUCCUGGUGACUUCCCUUGUGGCAAUUUGGCGAUCGUUUCAAGCACCUCUGUGAGCUCAAUGGGCCUGAUUAGUGCUUCUGCCUGUACGCUCGUUAGUUGGGGGAGUUUGGCUUGGGAUAAAAAUUGGGUUAUGUCGUCUAAGCUAGCAUUGUGAGUGCUGCCCUCCUCCUUUAGGUUGUAAAGUUUAGAGUAGAAAUGAGCGAAUUCCUGGCUAAUAUCUAUGGGGGUAACCUUCUUUAGUCCGUCGCCUCCCACCACGUGGGCUAUCUUGGAGCUAGAGCAUUGAUUUCGUAGCCUGGCGGCUAAGUAUUUAGUGGCUUUCCCACUAUUGUGGUAUACAUUGGCUCUCAGUUUGUGGAGCAUGCGCUUGGUUUUUUCUGUAUUCAGCUCUUGCAUUCGUGCGUAAAGCACUCUGAGCUGUUUCGCUAGGUCAGGGGUGGGCUUAGAUUUAUUCUGCCUAGAGAUUAUAGCUAUUUGCCUAAGGCAAUCAAGGAGGCCGGACGUAUUCUGCUUCUUUAGGAAGGCGGCUCGUCUCAAGAAAAGCCCCCGUACUACUGCUUUAUGCGCCGACCAAACCGUGUAGUCUGAGACCUCUCCUGUCGCGUUCAGCGCAAAGUAUGCUUGGAGUUCUUCUCUUAUGUGUUCCGCAAAGGGUGCAUUGGACAACAGCGAAUCAUUUAGACGCCAGGACCCCCGGCCCCGAAAUUGGAAAGUGUCUAGUAGGUUUAGAUAGACGGGACCGUGGUCUGACCAGGAUAUUUCCCCUAUGGUGCACUGCGUGAGUUGCGGCAGUAGUGUCCUGUGUAGGAGAAAGGUGUCUAUGCGCGUGUAUGUAUUGUGGACUCUGGAGUGAAAAGUGUAAUCCCUGUCUGUCGGGUGCAUGGUCCUCCAGGCGUCGUAUAAGUCGUAUUGGUCAAGGAGUUUGGAGAGUGCUUUACAUGAUGUGUCCAGUCUCCGUUUGUUUGCGCCCGUGGGGGUUGCAGUAGUGUCUAGCCCUAGCGAUUGUAUGCAGUUAAAGUCUCCGCAGAGUAUCAGGUCCCCUAACCUAUAAUCUUCGAUUUUGCGCAGGAGGGAAGACAGAAAGUGGCGUGGUCGGUCGUUGGGCAGGUACGCUGAUUGGUAGCUUUUUAAAUGAUGUUCCAUUGCUUGUUUUGCAUUUAUUGCUGUUUCCUAAAUUAUUGUAGAAUUCUUGAAAUAAUGGUGGCAUUCCAGGAUAUGCUGGAAUGGACAGGGUAUCUAUGUAAUAUUGGGAGCAGAAUGGAUAAAGUCUAAAUCGCAAAAUUGUAUUAUUAAAAAAUUACAGAUUUCCAGUUUGUCAAUCAAUAUUUAAUGCAAUAUUUUAUUAUAUACAUGACCAAGUCAAUGAUGGUGUAGUAGGGUUAACCAAGUGUGAAGGCAAGUUGAAGAUAAGGGUAAGACAACUCUCUGGUAGCGAAUUGACACAUUGCUGAAAAAUAAUAAUUAUAAUAACAAAGUAUUUAACCAGGAAAGGUACAUUCAGAUUACUCUUAUGGCAGUCAAUAAAAAUCUUUCAAAGGUCUGCCAUGAAAGCCAAUGACAGCAGAAAGUCAUCAGAAUAGAGGUUAGCUCUAGUUAGGCUGUACAUGAAGCAUGGGGUAAAAUUAGAGUUACAUACAUUAUAUCCUAAAGCAAUAUAGAUAUAGAGAUAUAUAAUAAACAUAUAAUAACUAUAGACAUAUAAUAAAUAAAGUUCCUUGGUUGAUUAAACAGUUUUUGGAAAUUGCUUAGGCUAAAGGAUAACAGUAGAAACAGUGUUAUCUUAACAAUUAACCAGGACUACACCGAGGAAGCAAUCAGGAUGCAAUGUCUUACAGGUGGUGUGUGUAUCUGAUUGCAGACAGGUGGGGCAGGAACCAACUGGCCAGGUAGAAUUCAGAAGUGUACAAAGACAAUGGCGUUAUCCAGCAGCUGAUUCAGCUCACUGGUAAUCUUAAACUGCUGUGGUCUACUAUACCUCUCCUUACAGACUCAAGAAUCCCUGAACCCCAAUAAUCUUGAGUUUUGGAUGGAAGACAUUUACACUCCAGGUUAUGACUCCCUACUGAAGAGAAAGGAGGCCGAGUUCCGUCGAGCCAAGGUCUGCAAGAUGGCAGCGCUUAUCACUGCGGCUGCUUGCACGGUGAUUCUGGUGAUUGUUGUUCCCAUCUGUACCAUGAAGUCCUAAUCUCCUGCAAAGGACAUAAACUGUUCAAAUCACGUUACCCGUGCAUUAUGCUCGUGGUGAUGACUCACAUGUCGAAAGAGCUGCAUUGAUCUUAGACAUAUACAAGCCAUUACAAACCUUAAAAGAGCUAUUGUAAAAAUGCAAUCCUACUGUACAAUACGCCAGGCAACAAUAAACACAGAAGGGGUAUAUUUACCAAGGACAUAAAUACUGCUAAAAACCAGUGCUUGAUAUUUUGUGUCACCUGUUUAUUCUCAAAAUGCCUAUCUGGUAGGUUUUCUAUUUGCCAAAAAUCUUGACUGCUCUAAAAAGUAGGUAAUGUCUGUUGAAAAUGAAUAAAUAGAUUAACAUAACAUAAAAAUAUCCAUUCUGUUCUGGGAGCAGAGCAGUUUAGAUGUUUGUUACGUUGCUAUGAUGGUUACAUUUUCAGUUUUAGCUGCAGUAAUGUAUCAGAAGUGAAAUUGCAGACCUUGAGUUUCCUUAUCUGGCUGUGAAUUCUCCUGUGUCCUGGACCCUGUCACUCUCCAUCCCUCUAUACAAUAUUGUGACCUACAUUUUAGUGAAUAUUCAAUAUCUAUAUACAGAUACUAUAUUUUUUAUAUGUUUGCUGCUUUCGUAGUUGCUUAAUUUCGGUGGGGUGGCUAUAGAGUCCCCUGCCACUGUCCUAUUUCAUAUUUAAUAGUUUUUUUAAUGUUUGAGAGACACAGCAGCCUGUCCCCGAGACAGUUGUUAGCCAACUAUAAUUUGCACAAAAAAAAGAAAAGAAAAAAAAAGAAGCUUUUCAGGGGAGUUGUUCAGCAACAUUUAGCACACUUGUGAGAGUAUGAGUCAGGCGUGAAGGUCUACAAAAUGCCAAAACCACAGAAUAUUCAAUUAAAAUACACCAUAGACUGUGAUUUUUUUUCUUUCUGAUGACAAAGCAUUAAAACAAACAGCAAUGAGCAACGAUAAUAGACAGUGUCAGCUGACCAUACAGGCUAUCACAGCCACCCAUUCCUAGUAUGAAUUGGUUUGGCUAAGGAAAAGUACACAUGGAACCAGGAGACUCCAAGAACUAUAACCAUUUCAGUUAGAAGUGUCCCUUUAAGUAAUGUCAGGAAAGUUUUUGCAGGAAAAUUCUCAGUUUAAAAUUAAUUUUCCUAUUACUAUUUUUGUAAAAAAAUAAAAAUAAAAAAAGAGUUUCAUGCCACUCAGUUAUUGCAAAAAGGUUGGAAUAUGGGAACUUAUUCAUGGAUUUUAUUAUUCAUGAGUAUAGAUAACUUUUACGGUUUCACCCAUUUAUUUAUUUCAACAAAAAUAACAGAUGCACUUGCCAAAUAUAUUUAGAACCAAAACAGAAAUUAUUCAGAGUUAUCAAAUUAUUUUAGUUAUUGUUGUAGCAAUAGAGACAAGCAGAUGUAUUGACUAAACUCUGACUUCUAGUGAACUGAAGUCUGAAUUGCAAAAUUUAGCCAAGCUGUGACUGCAGACUUAGAUAGGGUUUCAAAAUCAGCUAUUGCACCAUACAUUUUACAAUUUUGAUUUCAGUUACUACAGUUCACUAUACUGAAUAACGCCCAGCAUUUCUAUUUUUAGCUUUGUGAAGACCGGAUUUUCAUAACAAAUUUAGUAGAUUGGAACAAGUUUUCCCAGGUCCAGAAAUACAAAAAUAGAUCAGUGGUUCCCAAACUUUUUAGGUUCAAGGUGCCCUUAAUAUUUCAAUAUUUUUCCAAGGCACCCCAAAUCAAACCAAUUUUCUAGGUUGUAUAUAUGUACAGCGCUGCGGCAUAUACUGGGCCCCUAAUCUUGGGAGUGGGACUGGUAGCUUAUUUAAAGAAACAAUUCAGGCACAAUAACCACUACUUACGUUGUAGUGGUUAUGGUGCCAGUAGUGCUGUAGUGCCCUUCCAGGGUAAGUAGUCAAACUGUUUAAGAACAGUUUGACAACUUACCUGGGGCUGCCAGGAUAGGGGCUGUAAUAUGUGUAUGUACAGGGGAGCAUUGUGUUUGUGAAGGAUUUAGUUUGUGUGUGUGGGAGGGGUGCAGUGUGUGUAUUUGGGGCAGUUUGUGCAUGAGGUGUGCAGUGUGUGUGUGUGAGGGGUACAGUGUGUGUGGG